AAAGAAGAAUAAGGAACAAGAUGUAAAUCAGAUUCCUGGUACUUCAUAGUGUAGCAAGCAAGUUGCUUGAACACCCUCCCCCCCAACUCAUCCAACAACGCUGGGAGUUGUUGGCCAACAGUGUUGUGUCCGGAUAAUUGCACGGGGCUCAAGUACUUGUUGGUAAAACUGUAGUUAAUGCAGUAUCAACGGCAGUCACUAGCAAAGUACAUUAUAUUGUCGAUACUAAGAAGAAAUGAUUAAGGAAUUGUGCAUUAUCAAAUGCACUCUUAUCGUCACAUAUCUCAUUUUUCAGUAUAUCAACACAACAGGUGCUCGAGUGUGUUUAAAAGAGUUGCACGAGUCUAAGUACGACCCUCUCUCCGUAUCAUAUACUGUCUUGUCAGGUAAGAACGGGUUUAUGGAAUUCUCGUUUUAGAAACACAUAGCUUUUACUGAUUACUCACAACUAGUUCAUCAUGAAUGCAUAAAGAGAUAACUCAGAUACGAGGGUCAUUUCAUUAAUAGAGGAAGACGAUCGUUUUAAAUAUUAGCUCCCUGGAAGUCGUUUAAUGUUUUUGCCACUGAUUAUCCCAUGUACGAAAUGCUCUCAAUUUGGCGUCGUCAGUUUUAUUUUCCUCUUUUCCUCCUGCUAAGCGUAUUGGCCUCACAAGCAGCUGGGAUGAUCUUUGUGAAGUUGCCUCGUCCCCAGUCGCUAGCGUUGCUUGCCUCCAUUUUUUGCGCUUCUCGAUUGUUCUGUUCUCGCUUCUAUAAAGGCCUGGGAAAGGCUGUGGAAAAGGCACUCUUUAAGGGACCAAAUGCGUGGGGAUUUCUAAACUGCACAGUCGUUUUAUAUCUUUAUCACAGAUAUUUGCCAGCCAAGAUGGAGUUAUUUUGGUGGCUACUGUUACUUCACAAGUCGAGCAUGUGCCUCAUGGCUUACCGCUGAGUCAAACUGUUCUACGAUGAGUUCCAAUUUGGUAACGGUUCACAAUCAAGAAGAAAAUGUCUACAUUCAACACCGUCACAACGGAGAGAGAUCUUGGAUUGGGCUCAAUGACCGAAGUGUGGAGGGCUCCUUUGUGUGGACAAACAAAGAAAUAAGUAGUUUUAGGUUCUGGGCCCCACAGCAACCGAAUGACUGGAAAAACGAAGACUGUGUUCACACUCUUGGAGCCAAGCAUGGUUACGCUUGGAAUGAUGUGCCUUGUCAUAACUGCUAUAAUUAUACUUGUUUUAAAGGUACGAGGCAUAGUAAGAUUUAUAUCUAUGUUAAUCCUCAUGAACCAGAAAGGCUUCUAGACAUUUUUAAAAAUGUAUUUUUUUAAUUUAACAAGCAAAGAGCACAUACAGCAUUUGAUUUUACGCAAAAAAUGAUCGAAACAGAUUGCAUGGAAAAGUAGCAACACCAAUCAGACUAACUGAAGUUAGAGUGCUUUCGGUAUUGGAGAAAUUGGGGAUUACCACCUACAUUUUACAUAAAAAAUGUCCAUUUAUACCAAAAAAUGGCCGCAAGGGCCUGAAAUCGGAAUCACAAAUUGAUUUAAAGAAAUAUUGGAAGUCGAAUUUACAUUCCACCAUUUUGUCUAGGAAAACGUUCCGUUGGCGUUCGGCGAAUAUUAGGGACCUUACGAAACUACGGCGAAGGCUACGGCGACGGCUACGGCGACAGCAAUGUCAAAAAGCCGGCAAUAGGUUUAGUUAGAAAAACAACAACUCUGCACGUGCAUAACGCUUUUUUGUACUGUAACAUUUCUUUGCCUUCCGUGCACGACUACGGCGUGAAAUGACCUCAAGGUUUUUUGAGGACGGGAACGGCAACGCGAUAAAUUCUACCAUCUCUGUCUGAAAUCGGGUGCGGCCCUCUCUCCAGCUCCAACAUAAAUUCCCUUAUUUUAAGUAACUGGGAGACUUGGGAUAAUCGCAAAAUUGUUUGGAAGGAUGCGGAGUCUACUUUUCAGCGAGGUUUUCAUGGACGUCGCCGUUGUCGGAUCGUAAGGUCCUUAUUUUCCACUGUAACGACGGGAAAAGUCGUGCUGACCUCUAUUUUGGUUUCAAGACACUUCUUUGCAAAUGUUUAACAAAAGUGAGUACAGGGUAUAGCUAACGACCCUUUUUCGCAUGUUCCUUCCUUCUGGCAUUUUAUUUUCCCUUGCUAGCGCGCGUUAAUUACUCAAAUACCCUACAGUAUAUAAAACUUUACUUUUUAAACAAGCUUCAUUAACUAAAAAAGUCAUUUCGUUUCUACAAGAAGUCUCUGCGUGCUUUCUUUUAUAGACUUGGAUGAAUGUACCACUGGUUCGGAUUCCUGUGACGUCAAUUCUGUAUGCCAGAAUACAGUGGGCUCAUACACAUGCUCGUGUAACGCUGGGUACACAGGAGAUGGAAAACCUUGCAAUGGUAUUUGAAAUACAGUCGAACCUUGCUGUGAGACUACAGAGGCGGAUCCACGGGGAGGGUUGACUGGGUUGUAACCCCCCCUUGUCUGACUACCCAGGUCUAUCCCUUACCAAAAGAUAGUAUGAUAAGUUAGUUCCAGUCCAAUCGAUAAUUACAAGAAGACUGUAGCUAUUCCUCUUCUCGACCCCUUAAUCAUCAGACGAAAAUCGCCACGCCCGCCAUCUGCUUUGUCUCGUGCCAUCGAUUACAGUAAAUAAGGCACUGCAGCUGGAUGAUGAAGUAGGUCCUGGGAGAAAGACAUUUCAUUUCUCAAAUCCCUGGGAAAUGAGGUACGUAGAUGGAAAACACUCUGACUGGCAUUCAACAGAUAGGGAGCUUCCAAAAAACCUUUUAUUAGCACUUGGGGUUUGCGAUGAAGAUGAUUUUCCAAACAUCUAUAGCCCUCUGGUCAUUGCAUGCACCUACCCGAUCACAAGCGCAGAAGCUGAGCGAUCGUUUUCGCUGAUAAAAUGAAUCAAGAACUGCUCUAGGUCAACAAUGCCUAAAGAGCGAUUAUCUGAUCUUGCAGUGAUCGCCAUAUACUACUCCGAGAGAUUCGAGGUAGACAAGAUAUGCCAAGCCUUUGUAAAGGCUCAUCCAAGAAGGCUCUUUCAAGCUAACGCUAGUCUGUUUGACUAAAUAGGCGGGUAAAAAGAAGACAAACAACUAUCGUUGUUGCACUGUACUCAUAGUCCUUAACAAUAGUGCCUCAAAUUUAUACCUCUGAAAGCAAAACGAAGAAAAUCUACACAUUCUACAUAUUCAAACAUAACGCUAACCCUAACCCUAACGCUCCCACGUCCCGCAUUCUUUUGGCCCUGGGACGUUUGCCUUGAACUCCCAUACUUACAACCCCCUCUUUGAAAAACUCCUGGGUCCGCCUUUAGACUACUCCUCUGCCCAUAAGCGGAGAAGGAAUUACAAAUAUCGUAAAUUCCGUAAAAUAAAUCAUUUUCAAAACAAAAAUAGAAGUUUUGGGGCCUGACUAAUGGGAUAUACCACCUCUCGUCCCAUUCUCGUAAGCGACCACUAAAUGUUUGCAUUUUGGGUGGUCGCUAAGGGAGGUUCGACUGUAAUAAUUGAAGAGAAGACACAAGCUCAACACUGUCAUGUCGUUAGUACCUGUCGUGUGGGUAAAUAUAAUCAGAUUUUGUAAAAAUAAAUAAAUAAAUAAAUAAUGAUGAUAAUACAAACAAAUACACGAUUUUAUCGACCGGAUAAGAACUAACAGAUCGAUAUAAUAUCACUGAUUCUAACACCCUAUGCAAUUUACUCGUUCUCAUGCAGAUAUCGACGAGUGUUCUACCAACUCUCACAGCUGUGGUGCCAAUGCGGUGUGUAGCAAUACUGCUGGAUCGUACACAUGCGCGUGUAAAGCAGGAUUCACAGGCGAUGGAAAAACAUGCUCCGGUAAGAUGUUGUGGUAAUGUAAAAAAUGACUUUCAAAACGAUCUAAAUGUGAUUCUAUGCCCCUCUAUUUGCUAUAUUUGUUCAGUACAUGAAAAAAUGUAAAUAAGAAAAAAAGAAAGAAAGAAAGAUGGGCAUAACAUAAAUUAUAUAAAAUUUCAAUUCAUGUAAAACACAACAAAACGAACUUAAAGGAAGUUGCAGAAAACAAUUAAAUAUAAAUAAGUAUGAUGGCCUUAGCUGGAGUCACUCUUAACAAAAAAAUCUAUGGUAUGGCAACUGAGCCAACAGGGGCAUUUCGCCAGUUAUGUUAUGAAAAUCGCUUUGGCUCGUUUUUUUUCCUAGAGAGGAAUACUCCCUGUUUUUUUAUUGUUUAUUUUUUUUUAUUUCCAUACUAGUUCUCACUCUUAAUAUUUUGCUAUACGGCAUUUGUAGUUAAAUAGGAUUAAUGUCACAGCGUAAACGAGAAUACAAUCAUGUAUAUAUGACCUUACUGAUAACUGGAUCUGCUGCAUGACUUACGACAAGGUUUCGAUCCUCACGUUUUUCCCUUAGACAUCGACGAGUGCUCUACCAACUCUCACAGCUGUGACGUUAAUGCGGUGUGUAGCAAUAAUGUGGGAUCCUACGCAUGCGCCUGUAAAGCAGGAUUCACAGGCGAUGGAUACACAUGCACUGGUGAGGCGUUUAAGUCUAUAUUUGUUUUAUAUACUUGUUCUUCGAGUAAACCAGAUACAACAGCAAUGCAGCACACUAUUUGUACUCUUCUUGCCCUUCCAAUAAAAUGUUUGAUUAGAUGGGAAAAAAUGCAGUAAAAUGGCCGCUUGGAGUAAGCCAACAGACAGGCGAUGUCAAGCAGACAGAUUAUGGAAGCAAUGAAUUAAAAAUAAAGUACAGGCGCUGGUUGUACAAACGCUGGAGAGUGCUAUCCAACGGAUAAAUCACUAUUCAGUAGAAAAGUAUUAGGUUAUCAAUUGCGCUAUCCACUGGUUAGCGAUUUAUCGACUGGAUAGGGUCAUCCAUCUUUUGAACAACCGGGGCCAGGUCGGCAAGAGGCGCCAAGUCGUAAGAUGUGUGUAGGUACGAUAUUUUUUGUCCAAUAAGUUUAACAAUAUCGAUUGUUCAAACCUGCGAUCAUUUCUCUCUUUUAUCAAGCUUAGACUAAUUAAUUGCGUUUAACUUGCUUCUCCUUUGCAAAGAAUACGGUUAUAAAGGUUAUGAUUACACUUACUUGUAUUGUAUUUAUUUUUUGUAGAUAUUGACGAGUGCGCCCAUGGUACUCACAACUGCCACAGUUCACUUGCCUCAUGUACAAACACAGUGGGAUCCUUUAGUUGUUCAUGUAGCAGUCCUUACAUCGGAGAUGGCAAAACUUGCAUUAAUAUUCCAUACGGUAAAUAAUCACCAACAAUUAGGAAGAUGUCCAUUUACUAGACCCCUAUUUACACUCGUUAGAAGCAUGUGGCUUUAACCUUGAUUGUUUUAAGAGGGUUUCAGUUUAAUGCUAUUAUUACCCAGAUCUCUUGUCGACGAAGCCGAAAGCAAGAUCUGGUCAAUCAAUCAAUCAAUCAAUCAAUCAAAUUCAAUUUCCUUUUUUUAUUAGCCACUCAAACUGCAUAUAUAUAGUGGGAACUGCAUAUAUAUAGUGGGGGAGUGGCAUGAGUAUUGACAUCAGCGCGCGCUAUAGUGUCUGCAAUAUUUUUUUUUCUGGUCUUUUCCCCUUUUGCUUGCCUUUUCACGACGCACGAAUACGUGUAUCAUGACCGCCUUUGCACAAGCCAAGGCCCAUUAAAGAACAUGAGAAAGGAAAAGUUUCUUUUCAAUAAUUUGUAGUGAAUGCUUGUAUUGCAACAGUUUACUUACUAGUGAUUUCCACUUGUAGGGAUAGGAUCGUCCCUACGUCCGGUUAGAUUGUGCUUAUACUCGAUUAUUACGUACUUGACUAAACCAGCCUUUUAAUUACUAUUUGAGUUUCUCACAUUUCUGGAUUUUAUUGUCUCCUGCAGCCUCUUAUAUUAAGCAAUAUUUCAAGAUAGCGGUUUUGGAAUUAACGGACUAAUUCCUAUAGACAUCACUACAAUAAUACACUGCAAAAUGGUAGUCACUUCUUGGUGUUGCAGAGAAAAAACUGAUCAAUACCCACAACACAAAACAAAAGCGGCGGUUUCCGCAACACCAAGAAACACCGAAGAUAUUCAGUAUUCAGAAUUCAGUACUCCGUAGAAAGGUGCAAGAGUACGAUAUUUAGUCGCCAUUUGAGCAAGAAAAUAGAAGAGGAACUGAAACCUUACGACAACAACCACAUAAGCUGCCAUGAAAUGAUCGGAUGGACUCAUGAUCAGUGGCCAAUUUAAAACUUUGAGCAUCAUCGAUCAAAGGGUUCUUGGUCCAUCUUUUGCGAGAGAUAAAGAAACUUCACCAUAAGAAAUAUAUGAAAAUAGCGCGUUGCAAAUCCGUUACACAAGGCGAAUAGUAGCGGGGUACUACAUACUUGAAAGAUCCAACCAGCAUAAAUCAUUUUGUCGUUAGACCCUUCUCACGCGAAUGGUUUAAACAGAAGCAGGGGAGUGAGAUUGGAAGGGGCCACAAGCUUGAAAUCUUGUUUCCUCUCAAUAUUAUUUAACAAUAUAUUACCGUUUCUGAUUGUCUUUCCCGCCGCUAAAUCCUCACAAACGGCACACAGUAACCAUAUUUGGAAGCCGAUGCAGGCAGUACCCAAUCGAUGGCAUGCUCCUUCACAUCAUACUUAGCCUCAUUUAAUAAUUGGUAAAUAUAUGAAAUAUUGGUGACUCAAUAAAGGUCUGAAUAGAAGAGGAAAACUUUGAACUUGUUUCCGCCAUGUUAAGGUGGGGAGUCGAAAAAUCAUCCACAUUGAUCACGUCGAGCGAACCAUUACAUUAUUCACGAUAUAUGAACUACUACCGUUCAAUCCGGAGAAUUGAUUUCUCUAAUUUUGCCGAUUAACUGCGAAUGCGGUCAACUUUAACCGUCGAGACCCAACUGUUGUCUAACGAAAGGUUCGGAAAUAGAUCCUGAGAGAAUGUUCCCCUAAAUCUUAAUUUGCUAGUUAAAUAUAUAGUAUCUUUUUUAUCUUUGUUACUAUCUUUUUCUUUCAGUAUCUAGUGUUUGGAUUUUAUUUUUAUUCAUUUACGGUAACUUUUGAGGGAAAUUCAGUUGGCUAAAUCUGCUUUCCUUCCCUUACAGUGUAUUUUUUUUCGCUCUUCCUUCCCUUUACCCUUAUUUAUUAAUUCUGUUCCAAUUUAUUUUACUACCUUUAACCAAAAACGCCAAACGAAGAUAAAUGCGACUUCAAUUAGUAAUGCAUUUGUACCGUGCGCAAGUCACUUUUUUUUUUUUACAUAAGGAGCUUUUACAAUAGAAAGCCACCACAGGAACGAGAACCUCAUAAAAAUCAUAAAUUUAGAUUAGCAACUUUGCCAGUUUAUUAUGCUUUUCAGUAAUGUGAAACCUCCUUCAAAACGUAUCUGUAUUCAGUAGGGAUAUCGUCCAAUGGACUUCACCCACUCACUUGGGGCGGGGGUAAGGGUAAUUCAGUCCGAGGUCUGAGGAAAAAUAAGAGUUAAAAUGUCUGAAACAUUUCAUGUAAAUACUAAUAAACAUAAAAUGUUAUGUACUACGGUCAUCCCAAUUUGCAACAAAAUUAAAAAUUAUUUGCAAAAACUUGUUCACAAAAAUGUCGAAGUUUUUUAACUGAGAAAUCACCAGACUAAUCCAAUUCCUCGACUGUUUAUUGAUCGAGCCAAGAAUAAGUUGAUGAAGUGAGACGCAAACAAUUCUUACAUGUACCAGUCACUGACCGGUUUGCAAUUCCGCAAAACUUAAUCUAUAUCAAUUCCCAUUAUGUUGCGUCGCAUCGCAGUUAGAUGUAGUGACACUCUCUUCGAACGUUUUUCCCUCUUGUACGAUUCAGAAUAACUGUGGAAAUUUCUUUAACUUGGAUAGCCGUUUUGCGAAGGCAGGUAGACGUUUAGGGCCUGUUUACAUGGAGGUGGGGCUUAGGUAGGGUAACCCGCAUGUCCAUAGAAUCUCUCAUAUGGUCACCGCCACCAAUCAUGUAAACUUGAUCAAAUUAAAAUGAGACACUAUAUGGACAGGCGGGUUACUCACCUACACGUGAACAGGUCUUUAAACUGUGUACCUGAGGUUGUACAAUGUAUUUGCACUUUUUGAAAUAUAUCUGAUCAACCUUUAUUAUUUUGGCUUCUUUUAUGUUCCCUUUUUAUCAUUAUUACUAUUUUUUAGUUAAAAAGAGAAAACCGUUAUUUAGCAACCCUAUUGAAGUGAAAUAUUUAGUAACAGUAAUAGUUUAUCAGCCUACCCCAUAAAAUGGCUUUUCAGCCAACUUUACAGGGCCUCUAAUAUUUCGCGCGGUGGGGGAGCCGCGAAAUUCAGGUAAAUCCGCGAAAACCCGCAAAAUUCACAAAAACACGCAAAUACCGCAAAAUUCGGUAGAAAUCUUACCAAAUACUUGUGUGUACAGCAAUUCUGAAACUUGUCUCAGCUACUGGGGGAAUUUACUUGCCCUAAAUUCGCAAAUUUAUGUCAAAACUUCGUCACUGAAACGCGCAAACAACGUUCCGAAACUACCAGGCGUAGAUUAUGUUACGAAAAACUGGGCACUAGCCAUGAUGUUAAAGGCUUUGCCAUUGAUUCAUUUCUGAAGCGUAUUUUUGUUGAAAGAGCAAGUGAUGACCUCUGUUAGAAAAACAUUAAAAACUCUGGUCUGAUCAGCGCACAACCGAUCGAUUUCUAGCGAAAUUUGCCCGGAAAAUAACCACAAAAUCCGCCGUUUUUUUACCGAUUUCUUUCCGGCCAAGUUUGCUCCGAAAAUUCCCGCGAAAUCGGUUAAUUUUUCGCGAUUUUGUCCCUACAAAUCCUCAAAUUUGACUCUUUUUUCCGCGACAUAUCAGAAGCCCUGACUUUAAAAUUGCAAUUUGAUAAUUAAAAGCAUAAUUAUCUACCGUAGUUGAAAUUUAUCUGGAAAAAAAUGAAAUAAGGAAAUGACGCUUCUUCACCUCAGCCUUAAGCUGCUCGAGAUUCUCUAUAUUACCUGAAGAUUCUGCAAAGUCAUUCCAGAAGCGGACCGCUCAUGGCCGCUGACCGGCAGUGAAUCUAAAGGAAGGCAUGUCUAACUUGUUUUUGUUUCCGAUAUUACGAGAGUGCGCAUCAAUCAUUUUCUUAAACCUGUUACAGAUAAGGGGCUGCGGGCAAGUCCCUUAAUAUGUGUGAAAUAAACUCACAUUUUUUUAAGAGGGUGCUAAUAAUGGGGGUACCCAAUUCUCAGUUAACUACUAAAUUUCUUUUAGCUAUUAACUUUCACUUUCCUACAGCGAAUGUUAUUCCGUCAUAACCCGAAUUUUCUAAAAUCAAGGUAUAAAUUUACAUUGAUUUGCAUAAACUCCGCUAAUAGUACAAUUUAUAAGUAACUGAAAAUAUAGAAAAGAACAUACAAUUAUCUAACCGAAGUAGUAAAAAUGGGUAAGCGAUAGCUAUUAAGACCCCUAUUAAAAUUAGAUUAAGUCGUAUAGCCAUCAAUAUGACACCAGCCUCAUAGAUCGAGACGCACCAGUCAUGAUCUCGCACUGAUCUUCCCGACCUGGUCAUGCAUGUCCUCCCAUAAACUACUUCAAAAUUACAGAGGCAUGAAAGUAUUUGACAAGGGACAAUUCGAUAUUUCUUGAGUGCAACCCUUCGAAUUCGUAGUUCUUUUGAAGCGAUUCCUUCAUUGUGGUUCCAAAGUCUUGGGCGUAGUUUAAAGCACUAAAUGUUUUGUGUUGAAGUGAGAAACCGCGUGUAGGUUUUCCAUCUGUGUUGUCAGAAGUUUUUUGUAGCUCGAUACAGACUUUGUCGACAUCCUCUUUCGCGUCCCUGUGUUACCUUUUUUUUUACAGACGUUCCUUUUUCGCGCGUAUUUCAAAAGCGUCAUAAAGAUAUCCAAGGGUUUUAAUAAACGAACCUGUUUCAGAAAGAUAGGUUUAAACACGAUCUUAAUAGUCUCGAUAGUUAGAACUGCAACAUCAGUUACAACAAUGAUUUUUCGUAAGUACAAAUUACAUGUACUUUAAAGAAAGAUGUUGAUUUCUUUGAGCCAUCAAAAGAUCUAAUGCUUAGAGUUGGCUUUUUUCUUUGGAUGCGGUAAUGUUUAACUUGACGAUCUUUUGGGUCCGUGAAAACAGUUCUUUCCUUUUACGAACACAAAAAUCUUGUUCGUUGAGUUGUCUACAACCAGCUGCUCUAUGACUGACGCUUUCUGUUUGCCGGGUACUGCCCUGGUGCCUUUUGCGCAUGCUAGUAUGUGAGGGUCUCAAUGGGGUUAACCGAUAGGCGUAAAACGGCCAAAAAUUUAGUCGGUAGCCGUAAAAAUUGAAAAAUUUUAACCUUUAGCCGUAAAUAGGGUAAAAAAAAGUUAACCGUAAAAGAAAUUGUUCCCUAGAUUUGCUUCUUUUAAGGAAGGUACUAAAAUCACUUAUGGUUGCGUUUUUUAUUUCGCGACUAGUGUGGCUCCGUACGCACGUUAGGUAAAGCGCCUUUUGGGUGAAGACCAAGACCCAUUUCCAUUUCCGCCGCUCUCGGGGAACUAAUUUUUUUUUCCAUAGCGAAAGUGUGGCUUCUUGCUGGGGAUUAAUAUUUGCGAUUUUCAGGAGGUCGAGCCCUCGAAACACUAGUGAAACAACGCUAAGAGAUCUCACUGUUUGUAAAACAAGUUGCCGAUAAACAACAUUUCCCCGUUUUUCUCUGACGCUACGGUAGACAUUGCCAUGCCUAGUCCCUGUACGGCGUCCUCCCACGCAAUUUCGGUCAAGGCAUUUCGGUGACGAACUCGCUCGGACUACGUGACCCGAAACGCAUUAGCCGCGCGAAAUAAUAAGGCCUACGGACAAGGAAAAACGACUGACAGUGGUUUCGUACAGUCCUUCGCUACCAUUAGAAACACUGGACACGGGAAUUUUGUUUUUGGCCGUUUUCACACUAGAGCUAGAAACGGAUUAUCCGUCUGAGACUAGCCUGUGUACAGUCGCUCCCUUCCCGACAGACACCCCCUCCCCGAUUUUUUUUCUGAGCGGAAGGGGCGUUUGUACACGGGCUAUCUGGAACGGAUAAUCCCGUCUUCAAACUGUCCGUCGAAGUUGAAGGAUAAAGUCAGGCGGAUUGUUCAUGCAAAAUUAAAACUAUUCCAUUUUCAAAUUAAGACGUAUUACCUAUCUGACGCGAAUCAUCAAACGGAUAACCCGUCUCACACGAAUAAUCCGUCUUUAGUGUGAAAACGGCCAUUUCUGUUGUAGUGAAUGUCGCACCCCGGCCUUGAGUUAGGCGUUCGGGUGUGUGCUUUGCUUUUUCACAAAGAUUAUUUUUAAAUUGACUAUUGACAUUUUUAUGUGUAAAAUAAUAUUAGAAGUGGACUACUUUAUAAAAAGUAUGAUCUAUCAAAUGUUAAAAUUCUUUAAAAAAAGAAUAGCUUAUUUCAUAACCCGAGAUGAUCCUAAGACCUUUAUUUUGCUUUAAAGAUACAGGUUAAUUAAUAUUUAACUUUUUGAAACAAAAGAAGUUAAUUUUUAACCUUUUUGUUAACCGUAACUGAAAAAAAUUAGCCGAUAGCCGUAAAAGAGCCAAAAUUUUAGCCGAUAACUGUAAAUGCCACCACCCCAUUGAGACCCUCGUAUGUGUUUAACACUGGUCAAAAAGUGUUGGGGGGGCGGAGCAUUUGGAAAUGUGGUUGAUAAAAAACACAUGGCCCACCCCCUCCCUUCGGCGCAAAAAUGACUGACCCACCCCUAAAAGCAAGGUUGGAAAUUCCAUGACCCACCCCCUUGUUAAUACAUGGAUGUUUGGUUUCCUCUUAAUAAUCCAAUAAAACCUUGUUCUGUGUUUGACAAAAUUUGUUGAUACACUGCUACAACCAAUAUCAAAAUCACAGAAAUCAUACCUUUCACUGAAAAGACAAAUGUGAAACACCGAACAUUAUAUGAGUCUUGAUCGAGUCUUGACACAAAUAUACAGCAAAACGAGGGUAUAUUGAAAUUGUCUGUCUCAAAACAUAUGAAAAUUUCUACAUAGACAACUCAUUCCCACACAUUACUUGUCGGAAAUGCCUAGGUUAAUCCUCAAAGAAAAUUUCUUCCACUUCAAUAGAAAGCACUACUUACAAAACCAUGGAACUGCAAUGGGCACACAGACAGCAGUUUUGAUUCCUUUGCCAAUAUUUUCAUGACAUAUAUUGAAACAACAACUCUAAGCAAAACUGUCUUUGGGAGUGCUACAUACACGAUAUCCUUUCCCUAUGGGACAUGAGUAAACCAGACAUCAAAGCCUUCAUUGAAGAAGCAAACUUACAUCAUCCAACUAUUGAAUUCGAAACAUUUGACACUGAGACUGCGUUUUUAGACACGGUUGUAUACAAAGGCACCAGAUUCAAGGAAAAAUCUAUCCUUGAUGCAAAGACACAUUUUAAACAAACUGAAACCUUCUUGCACACACAUUUCACCUCGUGUAUAACCCUCCAAAUGUUAAAAAAGGAUUUGUCAAAGGAGAAGCCUUGAGAGUCCUAUGAAAAAACUCCUCAGAAACAACCUUUUAGGAAAAUAAUUCAAAUUAAAAAAAAAAAAAAAAAAGCUUGAUGGACGGAGGCUACCCACAAUCUUUGAUAGAAAACCUACUAUCAGAAAUAACAUUCACAAAAGGGAGUCUAUUCUCCUAAAAAGAAACAACAAGGAGAAAAAAUAAAUAUGGCCAUUCGUGACACAAUACCAGCCCUCUGGUAUUCAGUAUGAGAAAAAAUACGGGUUAAAAUGACUGAAAGAUCUAAUGUAAAUACUAUAAAUAAACAUAUUAAAAUAUUAAAAAACUUAUUCACCAAAAUGUCGAAGUUUUUUAACUGAGAAAUCACCAGACUAAUCCUAUUUCAGUACUGUUUAUUAGUCGAUCCAAGAAUAAGUUGGUGAAGUGAUUCUUACGUGUAGCACAAGAUCACUCAGUAAGAAUUUUGUUUUGUUUUACUGUUACAAAGGUAAAAAGUAAAAGUAUUUUAUACGACAUCACGACGCGCGGGAUUUGUGAGUUUUCUUAAAUAGCCACAUUUUCAUAAACUAACUGAGUUCUUCCUCGCGCGUUGAUCGGAUAUUUCUAUCAGUGCGAAGAGGACAGACAUGAAAUUUUAAUUUCUGCAAGACGGAACACCCGCUUAAUACGGACACCCGUAUAUAAUGGACAGUUUCUAAAAUUUACCCUUUAAUACGGACACCGAUGAAUACGGACACAAUGGACACUUUUCUGUGUCCUGAGGCACAAAUCCUGUCAACCCUGCUAUUUACGGGCACUGGCUAUCUGCGUACCGUCUAUUUUCCUUAUCACAAUCACGCGCUAUUUGUAGACAUUUUACACUGUCCAAACAAUGACAGAAUUCUGGUUUUAAGUAGCAGAAUAGCUUGAUAUGUUUUAUUUUAAGUCCGUCUUUCUUUUCGUGUACUAUAUAGCCAUUUUAUGAUUACUACUCAAGUCUCACUUCCUUGGCUUUUCGGCACAGUCAUUGUUCCUACCCUUCUUCCUCUUUGUCUGCCAUAGUCUUUACAUCAAUACAAGAUGUUUCGGGGACGUUUUUACGGAGAGCCCACUUAAUACGGCCAUCCGCAUGGUACGGACACCAUGGCAUGUCCCCUAAUGUGUCCGUAUUAACCGGGUUCUACUGUUAGUAGUUUCUUUUUGAAAGGCAAAAUGUUUUUUACUGAUCCUUUUUCCAAACUUUUGUUAAAGUAAAAAGCAAAUUGACGCCAGUUCCGCAGCAACAUUGUCAAAUUUUCUAAUAGAUUCACUCCCCUGGGGCUCGCGCUCGUGGACCCACAACACUUUGACAAUGUCAUGAUGCGAUGUUAUGAUCAAUAAGAGGACAGACGAUAAAGAAACUAGCGUCAAUGUGAUGAAAUGAACCAAUUUUAGUGCAUAAAACUAGAAAUACGUUUUCGCAAAAAUCUCGCGAAGCUAACGGGGUCAGCAGUGAGAAUAAACAGUAAAAAGCCAAAGGGUAAAAAAACGAUGAAAGAAAAAAAAAUAGAAGUAGACACGCCGGGGUUGGAAGCCAGCUGCACCCCAACUUCCUCCAGCGAAAAAGUGCGGCCUCUGACCACCGGGCCAUGCGACCACUGUGCCCAUGACUCAUCAUAAUUAAUAGUGUUGAACCUUAUGGAGCUGUAUUUAUCAUGAAUUCAAAGAUAAAUUUGAGGAAAAAUAGCUCAAACGAGUAUUUCAAAACCAUUUCGCAUUACUUCCGUGUUUAUUCACUCUCGGGCUUUAAAUAGGCCGCUCGAUUAACGGAGUGGUCUUCUUCUUCGCUGCUUUCGCUGAAGUUCAGGUCACCUUUCUUUCGGUGCUAAACCUUCCACGGCAAGGACUUCCACUUGUCCAAUUGAGCACUGCUGUGUUUGCAGCCCGCUGUUAUUUGCCUCAGAAAUACUUCGCGAUUCGCCAGCUUACAAUAAACAGAGGAUGAAUAAAAAGUCUCUGGCCGAGUUGCCUGGAAACCCAAAAUGCACGAUGACGUGCAUUUGGCGUCUUUAUUAAAUGUUUAUGGCUUGUUGCUAGGCAAAUGCGGAUACCAAACCGAUAGAAAGAUUUAUGACCAAAGCGAAAUCGCAGCUCGCUUGCAAUCCUCGCGUAACCCGCGCGCUGCGCGCGCCUGCGACAAAAUUAUACACUCGCUUCGCGAGAAUUAUUAUUUAACCUACUAUUUCCCUGCUUCAUCGUAUGUAGCAGAGAUCACUCAUCCAUUUACAAUGGCUGAUCAAGGCAGCUAAAGAAUGCCUACAGAUAUAUUUGUCUCCCUUUCCCAUGUUAUUGGUUAACCUCGGUCUGUAUAUCUACCAGUGUGUGAAAGCUAGUAACCAAUCCUCAAUUUCUCGUAGGUAGACAAUUAUUGCCACAGUGGGGCAGGUGUUGGAGAUCUUACAGGACGUGAAAAUUACCCACUUUGAGCCUGUUUAUGUACAGUAGAUAAAACUUUUCGAAACAAAAAAUUACAAAAAAUAUCAAAAUAUUCAAUGAUUUUCUAACUUUUUAAAAGUUAAAUCAUUAUUUCUUUAUAUAUCAGAAUGUCAGAAUUACGGAAGCCUUAACAGUUACACCAGAAAGAUUACGUACUCCUACUCCAGUGGCAGUUAUUGUGACAGUGGAAUCGGAUCUGGCUGGUUUCGUUUCGAGGGGUCUGCCGGUACAAGAAUGCUAACUUCAUGUCCACCGUAUAACAGAUGUGGCACUCAUGCAACCGGCUGGUUGAAUGGUGGACACCCCACAGUAGCAGAAGGUCAGGUCAGCAGGACGGUGUGUUUUCACUGGAUUAGUAGCUGCUGUGAUUGGUCAACAAACAUAAAAGUGAGAAAUUGUGGUUCUUAUUAUGUGUACUAUCUUAAUGGUACACCUGGGAGUUCUUGCAGUCUCCGUUAUUGUGGCACUAACUGAAAACAAGGUGCAAGUAAAGUAAUACAUAAUGCUAUCAAAAAAAGGAAAAAAAAAGACUUCAAUAUUUGAAUUUCUAUUAUAACUUAAGCAAACGGAGAAAAAAAAUCUAUAUAGCACUUUAAUAUAGCUCAACGUACUACUCCAGUUAACAAGCAAGAACAGUUUUCUCUAAACUUAAAAAGAGGAUAUUUUAUUUUUUGCUUUAAGUUGUUUUGAAGAUCAAGUAAGAAAUACAAUUAUAGAUAGAACUUACCAGGAAGACAAACUAGGUAAAAUAACACAUUCAAUUAGCAAUACAGGUUUCUGUGUCAUUUGUCUCGGUAAUCAGAAAUAUACACGGAGUCCAAGAACGCCAUGUAGUUGCUAAUUAAACCGCGAUGGACAGAUGUUUUACUAGUUAGGAAAAGAUGUACCGGGAAGUGCGGGAUAUAUAUGAAUCUGCUUACUUGUUUUAAUAUUGAUGGGUAUAGGGAUGCACUUUGUAAAAUCGGAAACGAAAUGCAUAGCGACUAUAGGUACAGUCACUCUCGUCUUGCACGCACAUCAGCAGUACGAACAGCAGGUAAAUUCCCUUUCUACUGCAGACUCUUGCUUGCUAAUAACAAGGACACUAGCCCUGCGGUCCCGAUGGGGACUGCAUUAGGUUGGGCAAUUAUUGGAUUAGGAUUAGAGUUUGUUUAAGAAAUAAACGUACAAUUUAGUGAAAUACCUGUCACAUGUGUUUGUUCUCAUUUAGUAUGACAAUAGGCUAUUGGUAUGAAUUUGUAGGAUAUUGAUAAUUGUGAUUUAGCCUGUUCGUGAGGGUUGUGCACAGGUUUGCUAUAUUUUUUCCCACUUGUCUAUUAAUAAUAGAACAAAGAAAAGCCGCCGUACCUUUAACAUGCGGAUUAGUUUGCUUGUUUUGAUUAUAGUUUUAUAUGUAAACAAAUAAAUCGACCCUUACGAUGUGUCUGUUUUGUCAUUCUGUUCUUUACAAGGUUGAAUUAUCGCUUUAAAAGUUUCUGUUUCCUUUUCCUUUUCCUCAUAAAUCACACUAAGCAAAGUUCUAGAUAUAGAUUAAAAUCUAUCUUGUUGAAUUCUCAAAGCACGUGCCAUCAAUGCACCAAGAAAUGUUUUAUUGCCGGUCACUGGGGCCUUGCCUGUUUUGAUAAUUUCCCUGGCAUGGAAAAAGGUGGAUUUUUAGGUUAAAACGCCGCAUCACUGAAUGAUGAUAUAUCCAUUCUGAUUUUCCAACAACUAAACAGCCCACACCACUGAACAAAAGCUAACAAAAGCCAACUGCAGAAGAAUCAAUUUCAGAUCAAAAUAAUCGUUCUAGCUAUUGGAUUUGUCUUUCGUUCAACAAUAACUUUCAACUUCAACUUUUAACUUCAGUUAUUUAUUGCUUCAGAGCGGUUUACAAACUAAAAUUAACAUACUAUAGCUAACUAUUAAACAGAUUAUGUUUACAAUUCGCUAAAAUACCAUUACCCGACAUGAUUGACACUACCCGCAAAUAGCACAAGCUAAUCGCGGCGGGCAGUGAUAACAAUUUACAGAAAGCCUAGAAUCAGUUAGAUGUCAACAUUUCUAUAAAGCACAUAAACAGAUAAUUAAUUAAAUGAAUAAAGUAAAAGACAAAUUCACUAGUUGAAGCACACAAUUCUUUUUGAAAGCUAGCUCCAUUACAGACAGUAAUUGCGAUAGGAAGACAUGAUUAUAGACCACGCGUUCUUGGAAAAAGAGCUGCUGAAUCCAUAUAAUCAUCCUCAGCGGCGAGGAUUUUCAGAAGUGAAUUAUGAAUUUUUUGCUUAAAUUCCUAGCGAGAGAGUCAACGUGUAGCGCGCACUACUUAGAGAAUUCAAAAUGACGGGUGCUUGGGAAACAGGCCUUGAAUGUCCGACUCUUAAUGAGUAUCUAUAUGUACAGAGGGAGAAAAGCGAAUAAGAUGUGGCAGGAAGUCUUUCUUUUCUUAAAACUGAGAUAUAACAUACAGACAGUCGGAAGCCGUUAAAAGAACCUUGUAGUUAAGCUUAAAAUGUCUGGAAGGCCUUAAAAAGUCAGCUCAACAUUCAUGUUUUAAAUACAAACAUAAAAAGUGAUCCGCGCAUCCCGUUUCUGGCUAAUUCGCCAAAAUCCGCCAAAAAAAAAAAAAAAAAAAAAAACUUUAAAUCCGAAUCCCAAGUACCUUCUUAAUUCAAAUCCGUUAUUGCACAAACAAAUUCAAACAUACUACUCUCUACCUGCAAUAAAGUAGUUUUUAAUUUCCAUAUGUAUUUACAAGUUCCAAGUUUAAAGUCCUUCCCUAGCUUUAAUAGUUCACACUAGACAAUAGUUCAGAAACACUUUUCCAAUAACUUAUAGAACUGACAAACACUUAUUGUACAAGUUGCAUGACAUAUCGGCAUUACUGAAAGUGCCCUCAAGCCGUCGCUGCAAUCUUACAAUUAAUUAGUGUGUGGCAUUGUUAAAAUGAUAGAUCAAUAAAAACAGUUUGUCUCAAUUUUUAGUUUGUUUCAUUAUGAAACUAGCUGCUUCUCUUUGUAAAGCUUAGAAUUACUGUAAGACCCAACGAAAUAACCCUUGCAAUUAAUUUCAGUGAAGACCUUUUACGUUAUUCGUGCAGAAGCUGUAUAAGCUUGAAGUAAGGGUUGUCUGGUGAGUCAUUUUGCCGAGAUACUUAACUUGCAGGUCAUUUUCUCUGUUACGUAGUGCAAACUGACAAAUACACCAGGCACUGCACGCAAACUAUGUAAUUAUGUUCAAGUUUCGUAAAUGAGACUGUUUGUGAUCCAGAGAUCAGUUCUUUAUAAAGCUAAAACUCCAUAUAAACCUGAACUCGUACCAAACAGGACCGUCCGCAGUCGGCCGUCGCCACACUGGGUGACCUGUGGCUUAAGAUCAUUUUGUGCAAAACUGUCGACAAGGAUAGACCGGACCUUGAAGUUCUAAAAAUUAAUUUCGUUAUUUCUUUAUUUAUUUUUUUUGUAAUAAUAUUAAAGAAUACUUUUGAGGGCACAACUUCCUUUAAAACCUUAUCGUUUAGCUUUAAUGAUUCAUUUCUGAACAACAUAAAUUGUACAAAUGAAUUGUCCGCCAAUCCCUUCUUGUUAAGCUUAUACCCAAAAAACAAAAGGAUUUGAAAAAAAAACAAUUAUAUCCAGACAGUAAGAAAAGCCUUUCCUUCUAUUCACUUCACUCACGCUAUAAUUUGACAGGGCUGAUUUGAAUUAUUUUAUGGAGAGCAUACGAAUGGAUUUCAAUUUUAAGGCGUAGACAGUUUGCUACUUGCUCGUAUAAGUAAAAGAAAUACGAAUAAUUAAAUGAUCAUUGCAUGAUCUGAUACUUCUAGGAGUGGAACUUAACCCGGCUCAAUUAUCUAACGAUGAUUUCGUUUGAAUCAAUGAAAAUACUAGAUCACGAGAAUUUGAUAAAAGAAGUCAGCCAAAUAUCUGAUAGACUGUUAACGUUCCCUAUCAAAGGAAAGGAAAAGGUAAAGAAACAAAAUGAGCAUUUGUAAAGUUUUUAAGUUUCAACUGGCUUUUCUGUAAACAACUACUGCGACUGGAAUAUAUAAAUUAAUAUAAUUGGCAGUAAGAUACUUACCCACUAAACGUCUCAUGAAUUCCUUUUUAUUUCAAAAGGGCAAAAAAGUCAGAGGGGGGCAAUUGGGUGAAAUAAAGAAGCGCAUGGGUGUUAACAUUUAAGCUUUACUUGCUCUCAGCAAGGGUAAUUAUAAUUUUAGCCAAAUAGAAUAGAUCAACUCGACCAGAGUCUCCAUAUGGUAAGUCUAUGCCGGUAGGUGGUUUCCCCCCUUUCCACGACCUCAACGCUAGGACCACGACAGAUUAUAUCCAUUUAAGGUAAAUUAGUGCUUCACUGCUCCUUACUGUCCACGCAACAGAAAUGAUGCCUUCACGUGAGGACAAAGUGUCUAUUAUUUGCACAAGAGGGAGCGGCAUUUCUUCAGUUAAUUCAAGAUGGUGGGAGAGCAACACCUUCCGUUUGUCCUCUACGCAAUUUUUACUGCUGUGCUUCUAAUUGAAGGAAGUCAAGGUAUAUUGGAUAAUUUUUUGUUUAUUAAGAAUAUGCGCUCUAAUAUGCAAAUAGUUGUCGGCAAUUUUCUUUGGCAAAAUAAUGUGGAAGUUUCGUUUCGAGUAAGGUAGAAGGCAUUGGUGGUGGGGCACGCACGGAAAUAGGAAGGUACUGAAUACGAGCUUAUACUCAAACGUUAAGGACUCUAGCUACGCUCAGUGCGUGUAACUUUUCAUAAAUCCAUCAAAUGCAAUAACCCAGAGGUAACAGGAGGCUAUUUUAGCCUAAACAUUUAUUAUUCUUUUACAGAAGUCAUUUUCAAAGCUGGAAAAAUCAAUACAACUACCAAGAACACAGGGUUGUUCGCGUGUGAGAAAAUCACAUUCGCUAGACCGUUCUCUGGUGGAAAGCAAGUGAAAGUGUUUGCUUCGUCUGGACACUCAGUAAACAGCCAAAUCCGUGGUAAUGGUGCUGCUAUUUGGGAGGAAUCAGUAGACAGAACUCAAUUCCGCGCUUGCAUCUACGAGUACAGCAACGGCUCAAAUACAACUGCAGAGAUAAACUGGAUUGCCCUACAAUCUGCCCCUUCGGGGGCACAACUAGGAACUACUUCCUUGGAAUCUUGGACUACCGGAACAGAAUGUAAGAAGAUCUACUUUCCUCAGGUUAGUUUAAUUUUGAAAAUAAUAUGUUCACUGUGCAAAGUAACCGUGAUUGAUUGCAAAAAGGAAGAAUCCAGAACGGUCAGACAAAGUGGUUUUGGAAGAUGAGCACAAUAACGAUAUGCAUAAGGUUACUACUCAUUUGGAGAAAAUUUCUAUUAAUCAUAGUCUGGAAAUGUAUCAUUUCUUCGAGUUCUUAGAAAGAUGUAUACUAAAAGAGAGUUUUUCCUAUGAUAAAACCAUUGAAUGAACAAGGUCAGUUUGUUAAUGCAUCCUUCUCCCUUUUUCUUUUGCUGCAUUUUGAUUGUUUGUUUUUGGGACGCCCAGUGUUACGGCUAAGUCAUACGCGCAGUUGAAUGUAUUAGAGGAGAAGGUAGGAUAAGUUGUUUUGAUUGGCCAAUUAAAAGUUGAUUGUUGGUGUGGCUCCCUGCUAAUCGCACUCGGCCUUUACCACACAAAUGGAACUUUCAUCUUGCUGUUGAACAGCCAAAUCCGAUUUCGUUUUGCAAUAAAGGACAUUCUUGGAUUCCUGACAGAUGACACUCUAAAAUAAUAUUAUUGUCAAACAUUUUCUUUGGCUCAAACGCAAAGAACAUAUUAAUGCAUACCUCCUUUGAUGUUGAAAAACGUUGUCCUGACCCUUCAUCAUGCAAUUAUUUGUUCAAACGCUGGACGUGUGUUCACUUCUGUAGAAUCAUUUUCCUAUCCGACAGAACUUCUUUAACAUUAUAUAACAGACACAUAAUGAUCGAUUUGCAACGCAUUUGAAUAAAGAAAUAUUAAGCACAAAUAAUCUUUUGGUUGACACUACGCUCUAAGUUGAUUGAUUUUUUUUUUUUAUGCGUGGAAUAACCUACUAAUCCGUGCAAUUACCAAUUCACGAACUCUCGCAAUGACAAUACGAGCCACAAGAAGGCGAAAACUCGUGUAACACCUUUCCCUGCCCCCUCCAACCAUAAGACGUUUGCACGGUUAUGUAGGACUCCAGGGUGUAUUAAACUUAACCAGCCAACCUUUCAACACCAACCCCCACUAUUCCGAAGAGUGAUGUGCUCUUCAUGAAAUACACUUAUACCUACCCAUAUAAUCCGUCAUACACUGACACUUGCAUUCACAUACAACAAGUCUUAAAUAUAAGCAAUGAAACAUUGGCCUUUAUAAUGGUAAAGUUAGUUUCCAAUUGCUAUCUAAUCUAUUAGUUUAUAAAACAAUAACACGGAACGCAUCAAGCAUUGUUUAAAUUGUUGUAAGUUUUCAGUUAAAAUGAACUUAAUUUAGAAAUAUUAAGUUGGGAAAACAAAGAGAUUUGGCAGUCAGUCACCGUGUAUGAUUUAUUAUCUUUGGCGUUUCCUUUGUUAAAGAAUUUGAUAACGUUGUUCUUCAAACGCGGUGUGCGUGCCGGUACCAAACGGAAAUACAUUCUAGCUCUCAUUUUUUUUUUUUGGUCACUUUCCUCUGUCUAGAAUUUUCAGUGCUCUUUUAUUUGUAAUUCAGCAAAAUUUUUCUCCUUAUUUUUAGCACUAUAAUAAUAGUAUAGUAUUAUUAUUAUUAUUAUUAUUGUUAUAGUAAUAUUAUUACUUGUUCAAUUUUAACUAAUCCUUUUUUCUUUUUCUUUUUCUUUUUUUUUUUUUUUAUUUAAAGCGUUUUUUGACCUCUCCAACUUUACUUGCAACUCCAAGUCACCAGUUUCCUGAGAGACCUCAAGACGCCAUGGCAGUCUGGGUGGAGGAGUUGACCGAAGACAGUUUCAAAAUCUGCCUCAGGGAAGUAAAGAUUUUCGACGGACUUCACAAAGGCAUUGCUAUUGUGAGCUUGAAAUUUUAAAUUGCUUUUCAAAGAUCUUUUGAGAUUUCCAUUCAAUUAUUUUUUCUGCAAUGAGCUGCCCAAAGACGCUUAUUUGCUCUUAAGUUUAUCAUAAUCACAAGAAAAAUGGUCGAAAUUAUCAUAGAUUUGUAAAGUUCUUACGUAUUAAGUUAUAGCAAUAAAUAAAUAUGCCAAAAUUUUAAGUCCAGUUCUUUUUAAUAUGUAAUUUCGAAUUUCGUAAAACAUUGAAGAAAAAAAUACAUUCCCCAAGUAUAUUUCUGUUACCAUUUACUGCUUUGGAAGUCAGCUGGAACGCUUUCUAGCUUGAACCUUAGUAUAAGUAAUUAAACCAUUUAAUGAGCUAUAUUUUAGUACUCGUUUAAAUGAAUUGAAAUCAGGUUCCUUCUUCCGUAAAACUUUAGUGUCAUGCAGACCGCGGGGAAGGGGCUUUUGCCAGGCUCCAAACUUAAGGCUCAUACUUAAUGAAUACCAAGCUUAGCAAUCUUCCUAAAACUUGUCUGGAAACAUUUGUCCCCAAUGUCAAAGUGUCCGCUGCCUUGGAAUUUUCACUUUAAUACGUUUCUUUCUUUUUUUCUAGAUUUUCUGAUUGGCGUAAAUGAUAAAAAAUUGUUAAAGAGAAAAUUGUAAAAAUGCAAUCUAGGUUUUUGAAGAAAAUUAAUGAACAGAAGUGUUGAGAUAAUUUUCCAAGAAUGUUCAUUUCCCCUGAAUUUCAUUGCUGGCACAUUAAGUUUGCUUUCAGAAUAUUCUUCUACACACAAAUAAGCAAAACAAAUACAUUUAACUUGUUCAAAAUCAAUUAAACGGUGAAAAUGUAUUCUUCAAAUAUCCUAAGGGUGUCUAUUUAAGAUCUGCAAUUCAGGUGCAGUGUUCAGUUAGUUUUAUUUGAAUUGACAACAAGAUAGACUCUGUAAUAUCGGUAAGGCUUAUCGCUACGAAAUUGUUAGAAAUAUUCUUUAGUGGGACAAGUGUCUUCAGCCUUCCCUUAAUGACACGAUAGUUGAGUUGAAUUCAAACACUCCAUCGACGAAACUGGAUUGAAAUGCUCUCAUUUCUUACAGAUGCAUGCCCGAUUGAAAGUUCCAGUUCCUCCUGUUCAUCAUCCUGUCACUUCUGUUGUUAAGGGCAUUAAUCAGUGUCAGCCUACUUCGCAAUUUAAUCAGACACCUUCCCAUUUAAGUGUUUUCUAUUACAUUCAAGCUGAAGUCACACUACAUAAUUUUGUCGGUCAGUUUAUCUCAAGAUGUUAGAUAUGUUAAGCAUUUUAUUAUGACCAAAUUAUCUGGUCUUAGCUAUAUUAUCAUAUGCGGUUUUUGAGUUAUAGGGGGCGUGCUUCUAACUCCCCCCCUUCAGCUUAAUAGCAGACACCUGAUUUAGUAACAUCAUAUGGCGAAAACGCCUUCAAAUUUCUAAAAUAUGAUUUUUUAUUUCAUUGCUACAGAACUGGAUGGCUUAUACAAACCUCAGUAUUGGAAACUUCACAUUAACUGACAGCCUCUUAUUUACGAAUUAUAACUUGUUAUCUCAGCAAGCUAACCACGCCUUUUGCCAGGUACGAAAGUAAAUUGUUAUGUUGGUAAAUGGCCGGAGCACUAAAAUUUAUUUCCAUUAAAAAAUUAGAAGACAGGAUGAUGUUCCUUUUUAACAGAACCAAAAACAACUAAUCCUUAAGUUGUUCUAAAUAUUCUGCAUUGUGUGUUAAUUCAUGGUUAGGAGUAGUCUGCGAAACAAGUCGAAACUUGCUUGUUAAAGUCUUUUUUUCAUUUUAUUUAUAAUUCUCAUGUUUUGCCAUUUAUCUUGAAUAAAAAAGUUGUUUGUAACAAGCUAUAUCUUUCUUUGACAGCAUAUCAACUUUACAGAUGAAUUCUAUGCUCCUCCUGUGGUGAUAGUGACGGCAAAACGCAUCAAUAACGAUUCGCGUUUGUCUGGAUGUAACGCAAUCACCGCUUGGGUCGAGGUAAAAUUGUUUUACAAACUUGCAGAUAGCAAAAGAUUAAUUUAACGUUGAAUCUUAAUAAAUAUGAUCAAUCCAUGCAGUGAUAAUAGAAAAGAAAUCCCAGAUUGACAAGAAAGACAGAAAGUGUAAGAAAAUCUUUUCACAAAGUUUAACGCCACGCUAGUAUCUGUUAUUAGUGGUUUUCACGUGACGUCAUCAAAAUGAAUACAAAUUCAUCAGUUAUAGAGCAGCAUAACCCAUAUUUUUACAAACUGUCUAUUCGAAAGGGCUCUUUAUAGUUUUGACGGUGAUAAACUACGCUGUUAAUUUUUAACCUUUUGCGUGACGUGGCAUUUGAAGGAUCUGGAAGGGCCUAGAAAACUGUGAUUUGGGUUAGAAAAUUGUCUCCUUUUUUUGAGAUUGUGCCAUCCCAAACACAGACAUUUUUGUUGGUUUCUGACCGCUAUAUUGGUGCCCCUCUGAGGAACAACAACAUCAAGUUCUGUAAAUUUGGGGAAAAAAUUGUAUCAGUAUUUCCGCAUAACAGGAAAUAUCACAAAGCAGGCCCGGCCAGGGGUUUUGGGUAUACGGUAUCCCGAGCCAUUUUAAUUCAGGUAUAUGGUAUUUUUUGGUCAAAAUUCGGGUAUAAAGUAUUCAGUUUUUCCUGAAUUUUAGGUAUUCGGUAUAUGGUACAGACAUCACACGUAUAAUUCAUUUCUCAGUUUUAUUAUCGCUCUAAUGCUCACUAAAAAUCGUGUGAAUGCUCGAAAUUGUUACUGAUUGGCUUACUAUCCCAGUCCCCCACCCCCACCACCUCUCCAAUCGCAAAACGAAUUUCAUUAAGGAAACCCUCCAGUGCCUACCAGGUUUUUAAGCGAAAUGCCCAGUCUGAUAGUACUAGCUAGAAAACUCCUUCCAAUUUAACGAGAUCUAGAAAGAUCAUCUUCAAACCCAAGGAACAGCCAUGGACACGAAAAUGGCCGUAGCCUUUGGUAACAUCUUCACGGCCAAAAUAGAAAAAGAAAUACUCAGACAGAGCAGCAUUAAGCCCAUCUUUUGGAAAAGGUUUAUCGAUGACGUCAUAUCAGUAUGGAACACAAGCAGAAAUUAAACGAAAUAGAAGAAUUCCUUCCAAAGGCAAACAACUUCCAUCCUACAAUCAAAUUCACGGCUGAAAUAUCAGAAACAGAAACCACAUUUUUGGACACGGAAGUGUACAAAGGUGUCAGAUUCAACAAGGAUUCUAUCCUUAAGGUGCGAACACACUUCAAGCCUACAGGGAAAUUCCAACACACAAAUUUCUAUUCGUGUCACCCACCAUGCGUCACAAAAGGCUUCAUCAAAGGAGAUUAGCUUAAGGCUUCUAAGAACAAAUUCCUCUGAAAUCACUUUUGAAGAGAACAUGAGGAAUUUUUUUCAACACGCCUAAAGAAUAGAGAUUACCCAGCUACAACUGUAGAAAAACAUCUCUCAGAGGUCAUUUUCGCAAACAGAAAGAAAGCACUAGAACAGAGAAACAAAAAUACACGUAAGAAAAUACUACCCUUUCAUGCCCCUUGAAACGCAAUACCACCCUGCGUUGCCCAACCUCAAGAACAUACUCAUCCAUGGGGAAAUAACCUCAAGAACAUACUCAUCCAUGGGGAAAUGGCACCUUAUACAGAACCAAUCAUACCUGAGAGACAUCUUUAAGGAGCCUCCCCUAUUUCAUAUCGCAAAGGAAAAUCCCUAAAAGACACUCAAGUAAGAGCUAAAAUAUAAAGGUUUUAAGACCAAUCUAUUUGCGAACUGCAGGAGUCAUGCAGGCUGGUCAACACUUUUAAACUCUGUUCAUUUUCAGAUAUUUAGUAUUCUGUUUCAAAAUAAUUUUAGGUAUUUAGUAUCACACAUUUUACGAUUUUGAGGUAUAUUGGUAUCUUGGGGGCAAAAUAGUGGGUAUAUUGGUAUCCCGCUACCCCCCGCUGGCCGAGCCUGACAAAGGCCUGAGUCUUUGCAAAGGUUUUAUGAAUAUAUUUAUUUAUCUUCUUUCAUUUCCCAGAUUCUGGACUUUCUUUAUCACACAGAAUCGAUUUCCAUUUUUGAUGGAGUGACAGUGAUAACCGGUUCAAAGGAAUUGGAGGAUGAAUAAAAUGUUCAAACCAAAUCUUUUUUUUUUUAGCAGCUACGAGUCCUCUUACUGAUUCCUAAACAUUCAAACAACUUUUUAUAUCUGUGGUUAACCGUGCAGUUUUCGUCAAAGUUUCUCAUCACCUUUACGUUUUGAUCGUUUGUUUAGUAAAAUUUUCAACACUGCUUUGGAGUAAUAAUGUUAUUAACAGUCUCGAUUUUCUACCCUUAGUACACUUCCACCGCAAAAACAGAGAUUUGUGUUCGAAUCUAUAAAACCAAGAGCAAGGAUUCCAUAAAAGUCGAUUAUCUGAUUACUGGAGGUAGGUAUAUCACCCAGUAAUGUAAUAAUCGGCCACUAAUGUAUUACCGAACCACUAAUGUAAUAAAAAAAGUUAACCACUAAUGUGGUAACAUUCUAACCUUUAAUGUAAUAAAAACCUUAACCACUAAUGUGAUAACUUUGCAACCAUUCAUGAAACAAACUCAAAGAGAACAGCUAAUUGUUUUUUUGAGAUUAUCAGGAUUUAGAAGAUCAUAUGGUGCACGGCAAAAAAAAAUAAUCAUACGACCUCCUGCUUUGAUGUCAGGUAAUGCCGUUUCAGCGCAAUAAGUCAUGUAGGACUUGUUCCAUACACUUGUCCCCUUUUACUUGAAGAAUUUAAAAUCUACUUCUCUUGAAUUAUUUCUUAGCUAAUUUAGGCUCUAGUUUUAAGACUAAUAUUGUCACUUUGUUUCGUUAACACUAACAGAUCCUUUAGAUAGAAGAUUGGUGUUUAAUUUAUAAGCGUCAGCUCAACAUGAAUUCCCGAUAACAAGAAUGAUAGCAUCGAUCAUUCACCUCACUGUUUUUCUCUUUCUCUCCCUCGCCAUGUUCGGUAAAAUUUCGUUGAAAUUAAAGUAAAAGCAAAAAAAAAACAGCAUGAACAACAACAAUACUCUUAUAGACCAAAUCCAAAUCUCGGUAUAAGCACUUUCCGUUAGAUAUAUUAUGUACACAAAAUUAAUGAUAAUUAUGCAUCUUUUGUUUUACACAGACCUGGAUCCUUGUAUAGAUGGCGUACACUGUGAUUAUCAUGGUCUAUGCAAAGCUUUUGGGCCAUACGAUGCCCGCUGCGUGUGUAUAGACAGUUGCCCAUCUUAUCAAGAGCCUAUCUGUUCUUCUAACGGAACGACGUAUGACAACAAGUGUCUCUUUAAGCAGGAAAUGUGUUUGUUACAGUUGAACUUUACUGUGCAGCAUCCUGGGAGCUGUGAAGGUAUCAGUGAUCUCGUAAUUUAUGGUAUCAAUUGCCAUUUAAUUCAAUCACCCAAAAUUAACAACCCCUAAAAAAAGAAACGUCAAAAAGUCUUCACUAACAACGUAUCGAUAUCACAUCUUCUGAAUCUCUAUCAUCAGUACCAGUUGAAAUUCGUUUUAAAGGUAUAAACUGAUUAUUAAAGCGAAGCUGAUCUCUGAACAUAUCUCUAUAGCAAAAGCAGAAACGAGGAAAUUUUACCGUGGCACGAUUUAAUUAAAGCAAAAAAUGCGUCGUUUUAGUAACGUAAAAUGUGAAAAACUGAGGUCAUUUAGUAAGGUGAACAGUUUAUGACUUAAAAAAAUAUAUAAUCUUGUCUAAAGAGGAGCUCGAGACAAAUCGCCUCAUGAUAACUCGAACUCUCCCAUUCUUUUUUUUUUUUUCUUUACGUUUGCGUUUUUGUACGACUUUGCAGGGUUCCCAUUUCAGCGUGACCGGCGUCACAUGCCUCAUAUACCUUCCUUGGGAUACUCUCACUGUGAAGUAAUUGGUUUCCGACCAUUUGUGUUCUACCCUGAUAAACCCGUUCAAGUGCAGGUAACUGUCAAUCACAUCGAUACAAGGGACACGAAUUACGUCCACGAUGCUGCUGUGUCGUGGAUUGAAGAUGUGACCUACGAACAAUUCACUGCGUGCGUGAUGGCGGCUGGUUUCAACGAGCGCAGGUCCCGUGCUAAUGUGUCCAUAGACUGGAUAGCUUAUCAAGGAGCCCCAGAAGGUGGGAUCAGUGGAGAGGUGCGCAUGUCACAGUGGUGGACUGGAACAACAUGCAAGACAGUGCGUUUUCCUUCAGUAAGCGACUUUUUUCCACUUCUCUAAAAUGUGCUUUUACUUUAUUCAUUAUUACCUUGGUUUGUCAAAGUUUUGCUUGGUUGCGCUGAAUGACAAGGGAGAAAAAGAGUGAUUUACACGCAAAAAGUAUAGUUUUAUACCUACGUUUUAGCGACGACGGCAAACCUCCCUGAAUUUCGUCGUCGACGAAGGCUGGACGACGUUUUGACAACUUUACGCAUGCCCAGGUUCGCGCGGCAAAAUUUCACUUCAAUUCCGGUCGGCGUCGUCGUCCCAUUUCGUCGUCGAUGCUUAAAGUCCCUAAUUACUAUCGUUCUACUUCCAAGUUGGCCAAGGCCUAAAUGUAAUAAAAUCCUAAAUGUAAAAAUAUUUUGUCCUAAAUGUAAUAACAACUUGCCCUAAAUGUAAUAAACUCUUUUAAGUUGUCAAUUAACAUCUGUACAGUAAUUUCUCGAAUAAGCACCGCAUUUGGGGGCGAGGAAGUUUAAUAAGCGCCGCGGUGCUUAGUCGCGUAAAUACGGUACUAAGCGGUAUUAUUAUGGUAUUAAGCACUGCCCUCAAAUAAGCGCCGUGGGGUUAAUUAGCGUAAAUUCGGUACGUUUCUUUAUGCACUGUGGAGUAGUUCUAAAUCCGAAGCGAAACCCUAGUCUAUUUCGACUAUAAAAUUGAAUUGGAUUUGAUGCUCAGUUUCCUGUAACCUCGCAAAAAGAUUUUGGAGUAACGGUUACUGGUGACCUUACGUGGAACCAGUACAUAAACAAUGUUAUCUCAUAAGUAGUCUGUACAGUGUUACUGAACAGUAGCAUUUCUUCGAAGACACACCUGCCGCGAUUUUGACACUAACAGACACCAGAAGACGUUUGUACCUUACAUUCGACAGAUCUCCCCUGAAUUGUGCCGGUGAGAUCUGGCCACCUCAAUCUAUAGGAAACAUCUCUAAAGUUGAAAGUCUUCAAAAUUUAUGUUAAACUUGAGUUGAAUGGAAUCUACCAGCUACCAGGAGAGGCUUAUUAAACUGAACCUCUUGCCUAUUCUUUUGUUAUGAAAUCAAUGAUCUUCUUUUCAAUUCUACUUCAUGCAGAUGCCGAUUAGGUCACUACAGUAUCUGUCAUAAUGAUUUGGUACAACAGCUUAGUAUUAGAUUUGUCAAUUUCUAAGUGCCGCACUACAUUGUUUUAAACUAGUUAUUUUAAUCGUUUACUAAUUAGCUAUGGAAUUAUCUCCCAGAAUCUAUCUCCUCUGUUUCAAUCUCUGUAAAUACAAAUUCGUCAAGUCCCUGAACUCAAUGAACACGAACAGCGUGCCUUGGCUAAACUUUACGACUUCAACAUUUUCAGCACGUGAAAAUCAAUCUGCCCCAAGUGCUGCGUUGCAAGUAACAUUGUAUGAACUAAUAUAAUGCUGUUACUAGAGUUACAAUUAAUGUUUUUUUUUUUGUUUUUUUUUUAAACUCAUGAUAUUUUUUAGCCUCCUUAGCAAAUAAAUAUUAUUAUUUUUAGCUGUUUAUGGAUAAUUUAAUAGAUUCAGCGUACUUAUCUGGUCAUUUAUGAAAAUAAUUUUUUCUUAAAGGCGCACUUUAACUGAAGCCUCGCUCUGUUGUGUCACUCUCGUCAUUGUUUUUGUUUUUACUUUGCAUAAUUUUUAUUUAUUAUUUAUGUUUGUUUUGUAAAAGGAUCAAAUGCUGCACUACGGUUGUGUUUUCACUAGGGCGAUUAACUAGCUGAACAUUCUUUCUAGGAUUUGUUUACAAACCGAGUUUUACUAGUUAAACGUGACAACUGUUUUCACUGUGGCAAUCUAAGCCACUUACUCAGAGGAUUCAAAUUGCAAAAGCGCGCCAUAAUAAUAAAUGAAAGGGGACGAAGUGCUUGUAAUGACUUCUCGUGUGAUUAUUUUCGCUGUAUUUUUGCGAAGGAAAAGGAGUUUUAUUCAGCAAAUGAGGCUUAUGUCCUUACAAAUGAGGAAGAUGCGACGAAAUCUUUAAUUCUGUCAAUGCAACAACGAAACAAUAUUCAGUGCCAUAACUGGGAUAAGCGCAAGACUAUGUGGGUUUAUCCGUGACCACAAUUCUGAUUUAAGGAUCUGGCCGAAGAAAUAGACAAUGCAGUGGGGUCGGUGGGAUUGUAAAUCGAAAGAAAUGACUGUUGGAAUUGUCUGCCAUGUUGAAUUUCUCAAGCUCAACCAAGAAGCAAUAGCCUCUGGAAAAUAAUAUUACCGGAUUAUUUGGCAGGCGUCUGUCACUACGCGCGACCCGAUUGGCUACAGCGUUUAUCAGGACAAGUUAUACCAUCUCGCGAGGUAGUAUAACUCUGCGUGAAUUUCCGCUCGUAAAGGCGAGAAAAUCCCUUGUUUUUGCUUGUGAAAACAGCUUGCAUUUUUAACUAGCUAAAACCAAGACGAGGUGUUUUCACUGUCUUUCCGGACUUUUCUGGCUUUAUCUAGUUAAAAUUGUCCUAGUGAAAACACACCCUACAAUACGUCAACAUACGCACACAAAGAAUAAAAGUCUCGCUCAAUAUACGCACCAUGUUAGAGGAUGUGCUCACAGUUCGGUUCAUGAUACAUCCAAUUCAAAACCAACAGACAAGUACUUUGUUUAUUAUAAUUAUUAUUUUAUCAGCCACAGUAUGCGGUCAUAACACAUGAAAACAGGACAACUGUUUUUAAAGUACACAUGCAGAGAAAAAACGGAAGUGUGGACCUCAAUUUCCAAUAUAAACGUAUAGUGCCUUCGUGUUGUAAGCUUCCUAUGAGACAUUUCCUGCUUGAAGGAAAACUAGUACGAGACGCCUUCUUCACUUUGUCUUUGUUACUACCUAGCAAGGGAGUGUUUUAAUUGAUUAAUUAAUUAAUUAUUAUAAAAUAAGUUAUUUAAAAUAUUAUAGAUUUAAAUUUUUAUUCACAACAUGGCUUGCUUAGAAAAUGUGAUACAAGUAAUUUUUCUGUGUGGGUUUAGUUUUCAAAGGAGCCUUCAGUUUUUGUGACCGUUGCACAUCACCAUGCCGGACUGAAGAGAGACGCUGCCAGUAUUUGGUUGGAGGAUAUCACGCGAUCCUCCUUUAAAAUAUGUUUAAGGGAACUGCAAAAUUACGCGGGCUCACAUGAGGACAUCUAUGUCGUAUGUAGCAUACUUCAUUUUUUGCCUUUUUACGUCCUUUUCUCAGCAUUAUAUUUGUUGCGCGUUGAGUUGUGUCAAAUUACAUAAUGUAGCGAAUUUUCUCUCUCUUUCCAUUUUUCUUUUCUUUUCUUUUUCUUUUUUUUUUCUCUUUUCGUAGAACUGGUUGGCUUUUUCGUCACUUGACAAGCCCAUGUUCUCAGAACACAGCUCAGUUUAUUUUGCAAACUCUCAGAAGCCUGCAGCCUGGAAUAAUGACGCAUUCUGCAAGGUCAGUAUAAAUAGUAUCUCGCUUAGCUUUUUUUUAUGUCACGUUUUCACCAUACGUUAAGUUGACGGCUCUUUUCAUCGAUUUUGAAAUUCAUUGUAUGUUCUUUUAUUAGGAUAUUUCCUUUACAAAAUUGUACAAGAAUGCCCCAAGUGUAUUUGUAUCAGCGAAUCACACCUCCAGUGGGGGAGGGCAGGAUCCAAUGCACAACUCCAUAACCGCUUGGGUUGAGGUGAGUCAGUGACUGCUAAAACUUGUGGAACGGCCUCACAUGCCCGUAAGGAGUGUGAGGUGAGAGAAAAAAAACCGACUGUCCGUUUUCCAUGCAAUGAGUUCGUUCCGACCAGGGGGUUCAAAACUGUCGUUGAGCUGUCAAAAAUCUGUUCGCAACUCCGCCCUCUUUGUGAAUCUGAUACACUUGGUAACUGAUUUCGAGGGAGAAUAGCGCGUGUUAUUGUCUGCUAUUGACGCUGUAAUCCAGUAAUUCUAAAGCAGUGUAUAUGGUGAAAUGUAGAAUAUAUAGUGGAGGAUCAAAAAUGAGUGGAAGUGGUAGUACGACAACAAAGCCUAUGCCUGCUCCUCGAAGAGGGAGAAAUGCCGAAAGAGCCGAGCGCUUCGGAUAAAUUGUAGAAUGUGCGGCUGUUGUUUCAAAACACAGUUCGGCAAUUUUACGAGUGGAUGGAUAUGCUCGGAGAAUGUGUUUGUUUCGCCUACCAGAAAAGGGGAAGCGUUACCAAAGUGGGCCGACCCACUGAAAAACGAACUUUUCGUUGUCCUCGAGGAAGGAGAAUCUUUCUCCACAAGCCGAGUUUGCUCUCCGUGCGGAACAAAGGUUAGAAACUGCCCCGGGAAACUGCACGGCGAUGCUUUCGCAAAUUAGAGAAGAACUGAACACGCCAACUGACGAUGAACAAUUAUUGCGAUUGAAAAGAAUGAGUAAAUCCUCUCAUUCCAAUCCACGUCUUGGUGAUUUAGCUCUGUAAAUCACUAUCUGUGAGAAUUUAAAAUCCUGCUAAAAAACGCUAACGAGCUUGGCCCAGCGUGACAAAACAUUGCAGGAAAAAGUCACAUUCACGGACACAAAGAAAAUCGCUGAAAAUUAUUCAAAUCCAGGAGGCACUUUGGAGAAUAGAGCAACCUAAAACCCUUAAGUCGCAAUGAAGACCUUUACAUUUCUAAAAGGGCCAACAAAGAAAAUGCUCUUGCAUCAGAGGGCAAAUCAUGACGACCAGAGAAAAUCAAUAUGCCUGUCACGACCUCUCAGUAUGAAAUAUAUUUAAUAAGCGGCCAAAAUUCACAUUUGCUCAGUCAAAACGUUUUCCUCCAAAGCAUAAUCUACUCGACAGAGAAACAAUUCACCGGAAUAAGCAGCAUUUUUGAAUGAGGUAAAAGUCGUGUGUUUCCUACCGAUCCCCUUUUUUUAGCCAGGCGAGAUAAACAUGACGGUCGGCCGUUGCACCGAACUUGAAGAACUCUUUGCAUGAACAAACAUAUGAUAAAUAAGGCUUUUGUCAAAUCCUGUUGGUAGAACACAGAAAACAUCCUUUCCCCUGAGCAGUAACUCCAAAGCUUCCCUCUGCUCCGAUUUUAAAACAAACCCAGUUCUUGCGAGCAAAUCCGGGCGAUCAACAGCUAUCAACAUCCGUCAUUUUACGGCUUUAGCAAUUCAUCACGGUAGGGAACAUCGCGAAUGACUUGUUGAAAACAUUACUUGACAGCUUGGUGACAGCCUGCAUCGAGAUUUAGCCAAUGGGAAUUGCCCGUGGCUGGGAGAAGCGGGUAAUUCGAACGAGUAUAACGUAUGCAAAACGGACAGUCCGUAUUUUUAGCGUCUCUCCCCAGUCUCGCUCUCUGUUUUCAGCCUCGUUCCAGACCUUUUGUUUGACUGCUCGCGCGUACUUGAAUGCGCAAAAAUACGGACUGUUUUGCAGUCUACAUCUCUUUUGUUCCCGGGGGAUUUCAGUGAGAAGACUAAGACCAAUGGUGUGCCAAAAUGGCAGCAACUUUGAACGUUUAAGAAAAAAUUCGAAAAAAACACAACGUUGUGUUCGUAUCGCAAAAUUUUUCCGCAGACGAGGUUCUCGCAGUAAUGCGUACUUUCAAAUAAUAAUACCAACAACAACAAUAAUAAUAAUAAUAAUAAUAAUAAUAAUAAUAAUAAUAAUGAUAAUAAUGAUAAUAAUAAUAAUAAAUGUUAGGUUAUGGGCACUUAAAGCAGUUUCAAUGACGUAAUGAUUAAACGCAGUGCUUUAAAAGUAGAUAAAACGACAAACAGUAGUCAGUAGCAGAUUAAUUUUUGUCGAGACUAAGAAAUGAUAAUUUAGGAUUGGUGAAUUAAAAAAUGUACAAAGGAUCAUCUUUUUUUAUUUAUUUAUUUUUCAUUUUAAUUUUUAGUACAUCAAUACAACAGGGGCUCGAGUGUGUACAAAGGAAUUGUACGACUCAAAGUACGACCCUCUCUCCGUAUCAUAUACUGUCUUGUCAGGUAAAGGGCGACAUCCUUUUUUUCAUAGAUAGAGCUAACUUAAUAUUAACCAACAAUAUUAACCUGAAAGGCGGUGCUUAAAGUAGUCCUAAACCGGAUUAUCCCAGCACCCAUUAAAACGUAGAUGACAUUGCAAGGGUGGAUUUCUUUUACUGAGACGCCUCGGUGUGACAAAGUUUUAUUUGUUGCAGUUGUGAAGCACUUUUUGAACUUGAUGCGCAUAAAUUAGUACACUGUAUAUACUUUUAGUAUGGUUUCAUGCAGCUUUUAAGUGUCUUUAGCUCAGAUUAAAGGUAGGCACUCGAUAUAUUUAUGUUUAUCAAACGUAAGGUACAUAGAGUGAUAACUAUCCGAGGUAAUUGGGUAUCUUAAUUCCACAAAUGUUGCAUCUAUUUCCCAGGUAUUUGCCAGCCAGGUUGGAGCUAUUUUAGUGGCUACUGUUACUUUACAAGUCGCACUUGUGGCUCGUGGCUCACUGCUGUAUCAAACUGUUCUACGAUGAGUUCCAGUUUGGUAACAGUUCACAACCAAAAUGAAAACGUCUAUAUUCAACACCGUCCCAACGGAGAGAGAUCCUGGAUCGGACUCAAUGACCGAAGUGUGGAGGGCUCCUUUGUGUGGACAAACAACGAAAUAAGUAGUUUUAGGUUCUGGGCCCCACAGCAACCGAACGACUGGAAAAACGAAGACUGUGUUCACACUCUUGGAGCCAAGCAUGGUUACACCUGGAAUGAUGUGCCUUGUCAUAACUGCUAUAAUUACACUUGUUUUAAAGGUAUUAGGCAUACCAAGGUCAUUAAUAAUUAUGUUUUAUGAACCUCAGUUAGCAGAUAGUGCCCCAAGUCAUUCAACUAUAUUAACUUUGAAUUACGUAUUAAAUGGUUCAACAAACAUGAGCUCAGGGCAAGCUUUGUAAGAUCCUUUUUGCGAGUCACGUUUUUCCCAUAUGUUAUUUUCUCUCGACAGUUAGUUACACGGCUGUAUACAAAGGAAAGGAAUUCUUAACUUUUAAGAUAAGAUAAGAUAAGAGUAAAGAGUGUUUAAUCUCUUCACUAUGUGAUUUUCCCUUUUAGACUUGGAUGAAUGUACCACUGCUUCCCAUUCCUGUGACGUCAAUUCCGUUUGCCAGAAUAACGCGGGUUCAUACACAUGCUCGUGUAAUGCCGGGUACACAGGAGAUGGAAAAACCUGCAAUGGUAUAUUAGAUAAUAAGUAAACUGAGGCUGCGUCCACACGAAUCCGGGUACUUUUGAAACUACAUAUCCUUUUACCCAGACUCGUGUAAACGGGGUCUUAAACCACUCUGAACGGUUUUAAAAAAAGGUGCGGUUUCGGUGAGCGAAUUCACUGGUUUCGUGAUGACGGAAUGCCGAUUCGUGUAAACAAAAAAAAAAAAGGCCAAAAGGCAAAAGGCAGUUCUCAAAAGUAUCCGGUUCGUGUGGACGGAUUCUGAGAAGGCAAUAAAGUCAAAAAAUGGCUUAAGGGUGCAAUUCCUACACGGUGUGAAACAAACCCUUAACACUGUCACCUGCCUUGUUUCGCAGAAAAAAAAAUAGAUACUUUGACCUUAGCGACCAAGUGUAAACUAUCAGGUAAAUAAUUCAAAAUACUUCUGCGUUUCUGAUUGCGUUUCAAAACCAGCUACCGUUAACCAAAUGUGGAAGAUGUUUGCAGAUAUCCUCAGAGAUGAGACUUGUAAGACAUCCCCGGAGACCUAGGGGCAGUUAGUUACGCCGUUUCUCCUGACUCGAUUGAGGCCCCGGCUACACGAAACUGGAAACCGCAUAUUUCUUUACACAAACGUAUUCGUAUGGACUAGACCUUAAACCUAUCUGGAGCGCGGUUUAAAACAGAUGCGGCUUCGGUCAAAAGAUUCAUAGGUGGACGAAAGGCCGGUUCUUGUUAAAAAAAAAAAAAAAAAAAAAAUAAUGGCUGUUCCAAAAAUAUCCGGAUUUGAUUGGAACCUGGCUUGACCGCCCCUGGGUUCCCAAGAAUUUUAACGGUUAAUUAUUCAUCAAAAAAGGACGGCCGAAGGCUUGGUAGUUCGGGUUUUGUAAUGCUAGAGAAAAUGGCGAAGAAAAAAAAAAGAGCCGAACUACUGCCUAACGACAAAGCAAACAAACAGCAAACAUACCACCCGACCGAUGACAGCUGCUCAUGAAGAUAAAUAUUUUCCGGCUAGACUAAACGUACCCUUAUAUCCUGAAUUUUCCGAGGAAGAGGCAAAUGUUAUGCAGACGAAACUUUACAUCGAUGAAGAAAAGCAUGAUUUAAAGUUUUAAAAUACCUUCAAUUAAUAAAAAAAAAUGUUUGAUUCUGCUUUGUAUGAUAUGAAAAAUUAUGCAGGUCUCGAGGGGGUGGGGGAGGGGGUAAGAAUAAGGAAGCCGAAUCCAAUAAUUGCUGAAUAAUUGAUCAAAGUUACGCUGAACUACCAUCAGGCAUAUGUAAAAUCUCUUAUAUUCACGCCAAGCUUCACUACAUUUUCCCAGAUAUCGACGAGUGUUCUUCCAACGCCCAUAGCUGUGGCGUCAAUGCGGUGUGUAACAAUACUGUUGGAUCGUAUGCGUGCACAUGUAAAGCAGGAUAUUCAGGAGAUGGAAGAACAUGCACUGGUAAGGCGUUUUGAUCUCUUUCUAAGGUUACUUAGAAGAAAGGGAAUACUGUCAAUGACCCCUGUAAACUUGUUAACUCGAGUACAGACCAGAAAGGUUUUUGGUAGGUCAGACAACAACGAAACCAACAACAGAAACAAUCAUAUAAUGUACUUUGUUAAAUAGGAGUUAACUUAGAGUACCGGCUGCCUGGUGUAGCCAUUACACAGCCAUUAGUAGCGAGGUAGCCAGCUGAUGUGACCAUUAAAUGAAAAUAACCCAUGAAGCCCGUAAGCAGCAGUCUUUCGCGUGCGGGGUCGGGGGCGCUGGUUCCGGAACGAGAGGGGGUACGCAGAUGGGACUGUUAUGAUUAGGAGUAUAGAUUAGGGAGUGCGUUCGACAUGGGUAAUAUAUUGCCGAAAAUAGAACCUGCUAGGUGACCUGAAGGCUGAAACAAUGUGUGACGUUUCAUUUUCUGGGUGUAAUUCGCAUUUUGCCUAUUUUGUUCUUUCAUUGUGGGGCGCUGUUUUGUGAUCUGAGGAGUUUGAAUAGCCUGAGAAAACAGCCGAAACUUCGCGACGUCAGAAACGAGCGCAGAAUUUCCAUCCUGAUGACGCGUCACUAACCAGCUGUGAGUAGUGCUUCUGAUUGGUUGAAGCAAAUUUUCACCCAGUUCAAACUGAUCUAAGUAGUGACGCGUCAUCAGGAUGGAGAUAUAAAGGAGCUGAAGCAUAUUGUGAACUUUGAGACUUGGGGAGUUUUAGUUGAUAAACCCGGUUGGAUAAUAGAAUUAGCAGUUUGUGUUUUCCUGUGACAAAGUAUGGGUAAUUAGUAGAAACAGAAUCAAUGCAUUAUUCAGAGUACUUUUAUCGAGACUCCUUCUUCUUUGGAUACGUGAAACUUUGGAGAGCUCUUCGCAAAGAAAAAUAAACGUCAACACGAUGCACUUCAGUAACCUUUCAAACUCUAGCCUAAGAAAACAGCCGACAUUUUCAGACCUUACAACUGGUUUCGCCUCGAAAUGACGUCUGAGAAACGAGCUCCGAAACUCCAUCCUAAUUAUGCGUCACUACCUAGAUCUGUUUGGCUGAAAAUGUGCUUCAACCAAUCAGCAGCACUACUCACAUCUGGGUAGUGACGCGUCAUCAGUAUGGAAAUUCUACGCCCGUUUCUCAGACGUCAUUUCGUGUGGAAAAAAGUGGUGGGGUCGCGAAAUUUUCGGCUGUUUUCUUAGGCUAUUGAAACUCCUCACAAAACAGCGGUCCAUAAUGAACAAAUAAAAUAGGCAAAAUGCGAAACCCAGAAAAUGAAACGUAACAUAUCGUUUUAGCCUUCACUUCACCUAUCAGGUUCUAUUUUCGGCGAUAUGCACGUGUGUGUUAAAUCUCAAUUCUACCAGGGGCAUAUUCAGGAAAAUUGUAUCAGUAUUACUUAUUUUCAAGCUGCCUGCCGAGAAACAUGUUUUAUUUGGAAAAUUUAAGUGACAUGCACGUGGCUGAGCAGAUGACGCGAUCACCAGACAAAACUUGAUAGAAAUAAUGGCCUAUUAUUAAAAGUCAUCCCUCGAAAUAAACCACACGCUUAUCAUGAGACUAUUUCAUUUUCAUUUGGUCCUUGUUUGUAUAUAGUGAAAGUACGUAUCGCCUAAAUUCAAGGGAAUUUCUUGUCGCAUGCUUUCAGACUCUUCGUCUUCGCCAAAAAGUGUUCAGUUCUGAUUGGUUCCAAUAUAAUUUCUUUCCCUUACUUACUUAAAUGCGUUCACAGCUCGACAACGAAAGGGAAACGUUUUUGCGAUGAAAAGUCCUGAAAAUAGAGCGGUACGCAACGAGAGAAAAACUCACGUAACGUACCCACGAGAAUUGAUUGGCUGCAAAGGCUGAGAGUUCGCAAUGGAGGCAAGGCCCUGCAAAAAAUAUAUCUGGGGGCGCCAUUUUAGUAACCAUAGGAAUGUUUGGAAGGUCAAAACAUCCUGGCUAGAUCGUGUACAGGACACCCAAAAAAGAGAAACAGCCAACUACACACAAAAUUGGGGGUUGCAUUCUAGUCGAACGCAAAAAUGUUACGGAAAAAUAGAUUUAGGUUAGAAAAAAAUGAAAUGUUAUUGCCGUCGUUCCUUUUUCCAUGAAAUUAAAACUUGUCAAGACAGUGCAAACUCAAACAAUGUAAGUGCAAUGGUUAUUGUCCAGUAAGUGCAACGAUUGUUGAAACCUGUUUUUGAUCAAGCUUAUGUUAUUUCAGUCCGUUUCCCUUGUCUCCUGCUACCUCUUUGCUAAGAAAAUGAGCGUGAUUAUACUUAUUGUUAUUCUGUUUAUUUCCAGAUAUUGACGAGUGUGCUAGCGGUACUGAUGACUGUCACAGUUCGCGUGCUCUAUGUACAAACACAGUGGGAUCCUUUAAUUGUUCAUGCAACAGUUCUUACAUUGGAGAUGGCAGAAUUUGCAAUCUACCAUCAGGUAAUUAGGAAAAGAUAACGAGGAUAAUAUAAGUAGGAAGAUUUUCUUUUAUUAAACCCGUACACUAGUGAGUGAUGCACCAUGCGCUGACCUUGGCUGCUUGAACGUGGUUUUACGUUUAAAAUACAUUGGCCGGUUUAAAAGGAAAGUUUUUGGGUCCUUCGACCACUGUAUGGAAAUACCCUUGUUUGUUAAAGAAGUCCUGCAGGAAACGGCCUUGAGAGGGCACAGGAUACGGGUCGACUUGAGGGCAAGUCUACAUAUACUUUAAUGCAAUUUAUGCUGUUACUUUAAGGGGAGUUGACUUUCUCAGUUUGCCAAUUAACUGCGAUAGGAGUCACUAUCUCUAUGAGAAACCAAACAACAAUAACGAGGCGAAUUAUAAAAAUUACCUAUAAUCUUAGGAAAUACACGUGCCAGUUUCUGAGUCAGAAGUGCACGAACAAUUAAUUUCCGGAUUGAUGAUAGUCUUAUGGAGUCUUUAGAGUGGUAUUCUUGAUUUCGUUUCUGUAAAAGACUCAUCAUAGUGCCCGCCAAACAAAUCUUGCGGUGCUAUAUUUUCAGCAACAGGGUAGGAUAAUGAGGACCCUGCUACGCUUCCUUUUGUCUCUGGUCAAAUAACGGAUUCAACGAUCGAUUUUUUGCGUAUGUUCUAUAUUAUUUUGUUUUUCUUUGUUUGUUUUUACCCUUACGUAAAUUUUAGCUACUUGUAAAAAAAUGGCUCAGAUGGCUAAAUAUUCCCUACGUCAUGAAGCCGAGCAAGACAGGAAUAGCUGACACUUAAGUUGAUAUCGGAGAUCCUUGCUCAAUACGUUUAGAAACUGCGUCUUCAUUUUUAGUGACCUUGUAUAAAUAUACUAUAGUGGUUAUACAGAGUGCUUAAUAGAAAAAGACUUUUCAGUUAACAGUCUUUUGACAAUAGAACUGGCACAGAAAGAAUCUCAAAGUAGCGAAUCAACGUACGCGAAAGGUUUAUAAUCAACCUUUUGCCAGAACGUUUUUGUAAAUGUCAGUAUUGAUGAUUACAAAAUUGAUGUCGUUACCUGUAAUUAUUAACUAUGGCCAAUUCUGAAAUAUUCAAGCACUUUUUUAUAUAUGCACGGACCUAUUUUCCCUGGGAAAUACUUGGCAAAGCUAAAGGCGGUAUAUGAAUCCAUGUAUUCCUGUAUCAAAAUUUAACGUCGUGUGUAACAGACUGAGAUAACUCAUCGGUUUACUGACACAAGUUAUAACGAUGCCUAACAUAUACUGCUAAUGGGUAAUAGUGUUUUCUUCCUGUGCUUUUGUUGGUCAACAGUGAGCAUGUGGUUGGGGAAGUUAAAACGUGAAAAGUUCCCCUCUUUUACCUGAAGCUCGCCCCAUGUAAGGGAAUGCGGAUUCCGGAAUCCAAUAAAUUUUUGCUGGUGGAAUUCAGAAUCUAGGAAAUUGCUUGUGGAAUCCGGAAUCCUAGGCUUUGGAAUCUGGAAUCCUUCUAAAGAUUUAAAUCCAGAAUCCAAGGUUCCACUGACAAAGACUGGAAUUCAGUACCUAGAAUCCGGAAUUCAAGGCGUGGAACCCAGGAUUCAAGACUGUCUUAGAUUCCCUUACAUAGAGCGAUCGAGCUGAAUGAAACGUUGCUAGCGGCUGUUGUUCUUUCUCUUCUUUUGUGUCAGAAUGUCAGAAUUACGGGAGUCUCAACAGCGGAACCCGAAGGACUUCGUAUGGCUACGGCUAUUACUGUGAUAACGGUCUCGGCCCUGGAUGGUUCCGUUUCCAGGGGUCUGCCGGCACAAGAAUGGCAACAUCAUGUCCAUCUUACCGAAGGUGUGGUACCUAUGCUUCCGGCUGGCUAAGUGGAGGACACCCCUCAAAAGCGGACGGUCAGGUCACCAGGACGGUGUAUUUUAAUGAUGGUUACUGCUAUUCUUACUCAAAAAGAAUCAAAGUGAGAAAUUGUGGUUCAUAUUACGUGUACUAUCUUAGUGGUACACCUACCUGUAAUCUCCGUUACUGUGGCACUAACUAGACAUAAAUGCAAACAAAGUCUACAUGUCUACAUAUUCUAUCAUUUCAUUAAAGUAGGCUUUAGUUUAAAAAGAAAGUAACCAUCUAAAAAAUGACUCUACUUACACUGUAACUUCAGUAUCAAUAUCUGUUUAUAAUAACUUUAUCAAAGUAAGAAAAAGUGAGAUAGGACAACGUACCAUUUUUAAGCCAUUUUGCAGAUUAUAGCGCUUAUAACGUAAACACUUAUAUUAUAUAAUGGCGACCUAAUUUUUAAUAACACUAUUCACAGAAGGCUUCACAAAUGACUUAAAUCAGGCGGAUUACAAAACUUCUUGACGCAACUAGCCAAAAAUGUGUAACUUGGAACCAGUCCUUCCGCGGCGCAAAUUUCGAGCAAAAACAAGAAAAAAAUUCAUGUCAAUGAAACUUAGAAAAAACUCCAAAACAUGGUAUAUGAACUAAAAGAACACAUCAGUGCUAAUUACUGAGUCUAACAACGCCAUGCAUUUGCUAAAUAAACUACGUUGGAGAACAUUUUAGUUAAGAUGUGGGAAAGGAGGGGUAUGAAACUGCUUACUUACUUUUUGAUCAGUACAGGGAAACACUCUGUGAAAUCGGAAGCGAAAUAGAUAUAAGGACUAUGGGUACGGUCAACUCUCGUCUUGCGGAGAACCUGCUAUUACGGGCACCCCGGCAAUGCUAACAGCAGCUAAAUACCUCCCUGUUGCGGAAUCUUGUUUGCUAUCAAGGACACUAACUCGCGGUCCCGAGGAUAACCCCUGCAAUAACAACAGUUGACCACACAAGGUUGAACCCUGAUAUUUGGACUAUAUUAGGAUAGGAGUUUCAUUGACCAGUAAAACCACAAUUUAGAAACAGUAAUAAACUUCUGCUCUUGUAAGUCGGCGUGAUUUUACUUACUGCCAGAAUCCCUCGGGCUUUUCCUCACUUAUGCAAAUGAGGGCUUUGACAUUAAAACCUCAUCGUGAUUACCAAAUUUUUAUAAAAGAUUAAUCGAAAGGAAUUCUGGUCUAUGCAGUAAAAGACGCUAUCUCGCUUCAUCAUUGCACACGAGAUAUGAAGCGAAGACAGCUUAUUAAGAUCAUUUUAAGAAUAUUAAAGAAGAUACAUCUUAGAUAUAAUUACCUCUAGACAACUGGAAAAGACCGACUGUCAACUGACUUCUGUCUAGUAGUAUGACGCAGUAGUGAAUCAAUAAAAUGCUGUUUGCCAGUUAAUUGUUUUGCCUUCUCAAGUUUGGUAUGCUAUGCUUUAUAACUGGAAACUCUUCCCAGACACGACAGGUUGAGAAACGAAGAUGAGAAAGCAGAAGGGAGUUAGAGGUGGGAAGAGCGGGAAAUAAGGAGCAGAACUGAGCCAUCGUUGAGGGGCCGAGGUUAGGCAACGUACAUCUGGCGUCCGUUUAAAAUCAAAGAAUGAAAGACAAUACAGAAGAUGAUAUAACAUUUUGCUUAUUCACUUUUUUUCUCCUGAUAAAGUGUACCCAACAGACUCCCGCUAACGGCUGCGCGGGAAUUUUAAGGCAGACAAGAAUGGCAUCCUAAUAACAGAACUCCGAACAAUCAAAAUGCCUGAUAAGUUUCAGGAUGUUUCAAAACGCCCGAAGUUUGAAUAAUUAUCAUAAACUACAUCAUUCUAUAGAUGCGCACAUUAAUCGGUAAAUAGUUUUCAUAAUAAAAAAAAACAAGGUGCAUGUGUUACUAAUAUUAUGACUUUUUUCAGAUUUUGUUUAGAGCCCCUUUCCUUUGUUAACUUUUUAACUGUUUAUUUAUCUCUUAGACACAUAUUUGGCAAAUUCUUGUGGCAGUCCGUUGUUUUCGAUAUGUUUUCGAUUAUCUAAAACGCUAAAUUUGUUAAUUACAGUCAUUUGGCGACUACGGUCAUAAGAUGAACAAUCGCUUGUGGUAAACUCUACAUUUGCAGUUUUGUGUAGAAAUUCUUACACAAGUCUCUCUCUCAAAAGAAAAGAAAAUAUUUUCCAUUUUCCGUGUUUAUAGUUCGCACAACGUAGUUAACUUCGUCCUCCCUGCAGGCAAAUUAGGGACUUUAAGAUCCAACGACGCGACGACAACGAGAGCGUCGCUUAAAAAGUGAAUUUCCGUUCCUUCAUUCUUAAUAGCAAUUACUCCUACCCACUUACUUUGUCAAAUGUGGGCGAACCCUCCUGAAGCUGAAUUUCAAGGGUCCAUAGCCAAGCUCAGAAAGAGAAAUAAAGUUUCUUCGUUGCUUGUUUACGUCCUCUAGAAAACGCAAAGUUAGGCAUUUUCACGUCGUAGUCGUGCAAAAACAGGAAAGAAAUGUACAAAAAAGCGUGAUGCACGUGCGAAGUUGUUGUUUUGCUUAAUAAACCAAUUGUUUUUUUGACGUUCUCGUUGCCGUCCUCGUCGUUGGAUCUUAAAGUCCCUAUUACCUGUAAGCAGAACUGAACUUUUCGUCUGAAGUGAAGUCCAUGUUUUUCUCUCGUAUGCCACUACUUUGUUGUUUUAUGCAUUUGCUGUCAGUGGCACAAUCUCUAGUCUUGUUUCAAAUUUACUUGUUCUACUAAUAUGCAUAAUACGACGCAAUGCUGGCCAAUUAAAGGAAUACAUUGGAUUAAAAUAAGUAAAUAAAUAAAUAAAUAAAUAAGAUAAUGAAGGAGCUUCGAAAAAUAGCAGCAGCAGGCAGCCACCAUGAUAAGAUGUAACAGCAUGUCUUUAAGCGGGUUACCGCAUACCUUUGGGGGGUGUCUCACGAGCAAGUAAUGCAGCGCAUUCCGGAUACAAAUGCAAAUACCUAAAACCGUAUAUCAAAUUAAAAUCUUAUUGAACUGGCUUUUUUAUUAAACCAACAGUUUUUUUUUUUUUUCGAAACAAAGCACUGUCGAUUUUUCUUCAGGAUUUUUUAAUGCAAACGUCCGAAUCAGUUUUCGAAAGCUAAACCUCACAGCCAUGUUUAUUUUUCACUGAUUUGAUUUGUUCUAGUCCUUUGGAAGUCAAAACCCUAAAAAAGAGUGUAGGGUUUUUCCCUUUUUCGAUGGCGAUUAGAAGUUACAGAAUAAGAAGUUGGGUGAUCGUACAAAAAUGCCCGUAAACAAAAGGAAACAAAAGAUGCAAAAGGUUUUAAGACAGAAGAAAAUAGAAAAGAAAUAGAUUGAAAUUUGAUCGUAUGGACUCUCCAAUGCUCGUUACAAACAGUUCACUCAUUGGUGUCAGGCCUUGAGCAAUCGGUCUGGCGGUGCCGUCAAUAAAUCCAAAACAGUUUUGUAAUGGUGCACCAGUCUGAGCAACUGCAUUAUCAUAUCUCUGCAGUGCUAGUGGAUCCAUAACUUCUGGAUACCAUUGGCGUAUUUGGUGUUGAUGAGUUCUAUAAACUUUAUUUUAUUAGAACUUUGUUCCUAAUCAUGCUUAACACUGGAACUGGACGUGAAAAUCUAGGCACCACAUGUCGAGUCAGAGUAACUUAAAUAGGGUAUUUCAAACAUUUGAAAAUGAAGUGCCUUGGUUUCACCUGCUGUGCUUUGCACAUUGCAGGAAACAGCAUAUAACAGUUUCAGAGGAAUUUGCAGUGUUUCAGUAACCAUAAGAAUUUCUCGUUUUCGAACUCUAAACUCAGCUACACAUUCAUCAUCUUUUGUUUCGUCGAAGUCAAACGCUGGAUACACGUCGUAUGGCAAAUCCAGGUUUUAAGGCUAGAAGAAUCCCACAGUAACAAAAACUCCUUGUCACUGAUUAAUUCUUGAUCAUUAUCCUAAGAGAAAAGUAAUAUCUCUCGCCUGUCUAAAGGAAGCCAUUACGACUUAUUAAUUCAAGCCAAAGAAAGUGAGCGAGAAACACCGCAGUUUUGACGCCGCUGACUCAAGGUUCAUUAGGGAGCUUUAGCAACGAUGACGGCGACGGCAAAAAAGCAAUAGGAUUAUUAAGCAAAACAACAACUUUGCACGUGCAUCACGCUUUUUUGUACAUUUCGUUGUCGUCACUGCACGACUACGACGUGAAAAUGCCUAAUUUCUCGUUUUAUGGAGGACGUAAACAAGCGCUGACAAAUUUUUCUUCUCUUUUUAAACUUGAGUACGGUCCCCAAGGAAAUCAACUCUAGGGAAAUUCGCCUUCACUUGACAUUUUCAGCGAGUUGAAAUAGACGCGACAAGAAUUGAGAAAACGCGAAUUCGUUCUAUGAGUGAUUUUUUCGCUGCCGUCGCCGUCAUCGAUGCUAAAGUUCUCUAUUGGCUGGCUACAGAGACGUACAUGUUCUCCCCAGGACUCGGCAUCCACGACCGCCGUAGCAAUUUGGUUAAAGUCCCCUAUUUUGGUUACAGUACAAAGACGAUGCAAACGAUGAAUAACUACUGCGCGUGCGUGCGGCCAGCAUUGUUGAGAAAGGGGAGCAUAGUUUAAAUGAUUCAUUGCACUUUUCAUCCAAACUCAUUUGACAUUGUUGAAUGAUUCUGGCUUGGGUUGAAAAGGUUUCACUUCAUUCAAACUUGAACCAACAUCAUCCAACACCGUCCGACAAGGUGUUCAAACGGAUGUAGUGCAUCCGACGAUCGAUGUUGGAUGAAGUUGGACGAAGAUAUUGAAAUAAUGUUUAUAAGGCCAAAAAAAGCAAACCUUUAUUUUAGCGAAAAUGACAAGUGUUAGUAUAUCUUGAUGCUUUAAAGUCUAAGCCGAAAUGUCAUCAAAACAAAUUUGAAGAUUUAUCUUAGCACUUUUCUGCCCGGCAAACGUGUCUUUUGAGUCAUAAGCGUCGAUUGUAUUGUCCGAACACGAGAAGGAGAUCAGAUAUUUUCGAAUUCUAAGUCUGAAAUUAGUGUGCUAAAAAUGCGUCCGUAAUUCAAAGUUCAAAGACGGUCUUAAUUGUUUGAUGUAAAGCAGUUAAGACCACCUUUGAACGUGCAAACGGAUUCAAUCUGGCCUUAUGAUGUCGCCGAAACGUCGAAACAUUAUCUCGUUACUUUUUACUUGUUUAUGUUUCCCAAAAUCGUUAUUAAUAAUUAUAAUAAUUUAGGAAUACAUACUGUAUAUUUAUAUGCAUAGACUCCUACGUCAGUAUAGCCUGAACUUCGUUAAUGGAUAUAUUGACAAAAGCACUUAAAAAUAAACAACUAAAGCUAAUCAUAUAAGUGCAAAACAAUAUACUAUAGUGCUUUUACUAUAGAAUAUCGCAUUUAAUUUGUAGGCAAUUCUCCCUUUAGUGAAAACACGGCUAUGAAUAUGGAAUAACUUAUUAUUGGGCACGUCCCAUUUUUUUUUUAAUUUUUCUUUUGUGUCUGCGGUAAAAAGAACAACAAAAAGCACAAUAUAAUGAGGAAAACGAAGCUUUGAAAUUUUGAAUAUUGGUCACGAGUUAGAGAUAGGAUUAAAUGUUUUCUACCCAUUGUACUCACCAUGACUAUAGGCAUCUUGCAUGCCGAAUAACAUCAACGUUUGUUGGAAAAAACUCAGAACUGAGAUAAGAAUGCAAAAGGAAUAUUAAUUGUAAAAAAAAAAAAAAAGCGAUAAAAUAACCAAAUUCUCCCUCUCAAAACAAAUUGAACUUUGACAGGUGAUAUUAUAUCCUUGGUCAAUACUUUGAAGUUUUCAAUAAAAGAGAGAAAAUGGAAUAUCUACCGUAAAAUUUUGAAUUUAAGUGCCCAGUCAUUCACGCAAGAUGGUUGGCAUCGAAGCGAACGAAUAGGGUCUAGAAAAGACAAGUUAAAGAAAUUCAUUGGUAAGAGAAAGUUUUUUCACGGUUUUGAAAGAUCAUUGUUUAGUUUUGCAUAAAGGGAUCUAGGGGUCUUUUUUAUCUUUCAAAGGACAGAAUAUUCUUUCUGCGUUGGGCUCCAGCGUUUUGUGAAAAUUAUUUUUAGUGUUUGAAAGGUACCAUUAAGUUGGCGUAAACGGAAAUAUUAAUGAACUUUUAGCAGUACUGUUUAAGAUUUUCAUUUUUAUGAAACUGUCUCGAAAUGUUUUUUUUUUUUCGUUUUAAACACUCAAAGUUUAAUUUGUUGAAAAAAAAAAAAAAAAACAAUGCCUUACAAAACAUUUUUGUCCACUAACAGUAUGUAUAAGAUUUUAUUUUUUUUCCUUUGUUUUAUAAGUUUAUUGUUUAAACUUUUUACGUGGUUUUUCACUUAACCUAGGCGUUAUAAAGGCUUAUGUUUUGCUGUUAAUUAAUGUCAUAUCGCUUUUAAUUAUUCUUGAAGAUUGUUACACGAUAAUGAAAAAGCAUUGAGUAUAUAUCUCUGAAUUUGGCCCUUUUUUGCAGUUACGAUCAUAUUUUACAAAUUCGAUUUGUGACCGUUGAGUGGAAGGUUAAAUUAAGUUACCACAAAAAAAUUGUGUUGCUGGAGCCCGACUAGAUACGAAAACAGAGAUUUUCUCGUUUUAGCUUUCCCUCUACACGUCAAAGGCGUUUUCAGUUACCCAAAACGCAGGUAUUCGAAAAUGGCCCCCGGUGAGAAGUUUUCUCAAAACGACGGCUUAUUCUUAUCAUAAAUCAUACAGCGCGUGCCCUAAGAGGGAUGAUUUCGUGUUUCCUUUUGGCGUUUUCCCGUCGACGGGCGAAAACGAUUCAAAUGGGCUACGUCUGGACGUUUACCAGUUUAAUUUGUUGCUUAGUACCGAAGUUCUUUGUUUUGGAGAGCAAAAAUAUGUUCAUUAAUAGAUACAAAAGUCAUGUAGGAAACAAUUUUGUCAACGCUGCUUGCGUGAUAUCCAAAACAGCUUUAAAGCUAAUUGUAUAAGUGCAAACAAUAUAAUUAUACUGUUAUAAUAGUGCUUUUAGUAAAAAAUGUCGCAUUUAAUUUGCAAGCAAUUUCCCUUUAGUGAAAACACGGCUUUGAAUCUGGAAUAACUUCUGUUUGGACACGUCCUUUUUUUUUUUUUUUUUUUCUUUUAUUUCUGCGGUAAAGAAGGCAACCGUCAAAAAGAAUAACAACAAGCAAAGGAUAACGAAGUCUUAAAUUGGUAUGUUCGCUCACAAGUUAGGGAUAGGAUCAAAUGUUUGCUUGUAUUGCCUGCCCAUUGUGCUCACAAUGAUUAUAGGCUUAUUGCGUGCCGAAUAACUUCAAGUUUUGUUGGGAACAACUCAGAUAAGAAUGCAAAGGGAAUUAUAUAAAAAAGCAAUAAUUAAUAACCAAAAUGGUCCCUCUCAAAACAAAUUGAAGUUGACAGGUGACAUUAUAUCCUUUGUCAAUACUUUGAAGUUUUCAAGGAGAAAUAAUGAAACAUCCACCGUAAGAGAGUGAAUUUAAGUGCUUGUCAUUCACGCAAGAUAGUUUCUGUUACUUAGCUGUUUUGUGGGAUCGAAGCAACAGAAUAUGGUAGCAAAGACAAGAGAAAUUCAUUGGUAAGAUAAUUUUUUCCCGGUUUUAAAAGAUCAUUGUUUAGUUAAUAGCAUGAACUGACUCUAAAGGGUUACUGUUUAACCCUUCAAAGGACAGAAAACUCCAAUUUUCUUCGUUUGGUUCCGGCUUUUGGUGAAAAUUAUUUAGUGUUUGAAAGAAGUUGGCCUAAACGAAAUUAUUAAUGGCCUUUUAGCAGUACCUUGAGGAGAUUGUCUUGUACCCUUUAGGUUUUUUUAUUUUUAUGAGACUAUCUCGAAAUGUUUUUUGUUUGUUUGUUUUUGUUUUUUCGACUUUUGGCACUUUUUUUUUGGCAGUUACGAACAUAUUUUUCAAAUUCGAUUAGUGACCGUUAAGCGAAAGGUUAUAUGAAGUUACCAUAAAAAAUAAUUGUGUUGCUGGAGCCCGCAGAGUUUUUCUCGUUUUAGCCUUCCCCCUACACGUCAAAGGCUUUUUAGGGCACCAGAAGAGUGUGAAGUUUUCUGAAAACGCCGGCCUAUUCUUAUUAUAAAUCAUACAGCCCAUGCCCUAAAAGGGAUGAUACCGUAUUUCGUUUUAGCGUUUUCCCGUCGACGGGCAAAAACGAUUCGAAUACUAGUCUACGUGUGGAGCAGAAACUGAGAAAAACUCUCUGUUUUCAAAAAUAUCCGGAUAAGCGAGGACGAGGUCUGAAAUGAUUUUACCGAGUGGUUGGAGAAAUAUUUUUGCUCGCUUACCAAUCGUCUCAUUUGCUGUAGAACACUCUUCUAAAAUCUUUCAGAUUUAAGGUCCUAUUAGAACGAUUUUAAGAUAAAAUUAAAAAAAAAAAAAUAAUAAUAAUAAUAACCGGGAUAUUUUGAAAAGAUUAUUCUGGAAUGCUUUGUACCGAUUAGUUCUCAGCUUUGAAGAGCGAAACUAGUUUUUUUUUUUUUAUUUGAAAUAUGUAAGAAGCGAGGAAAAGACUAAAAACAGAAAGUUUUAGUACUUAAUAUUUGUUGCCGGAGACAGAAAAUAUUGGCUCUUACAGGAAGUUGCUUUUAACUGAUAUUGCGGAUUGAUUGACGGUAAUGGAAAAGUGAACAUAACUCAAGUUACUACUAUUACAGUUACGAAAACUCUUUUUAAAAUCGAUCUAAGUUCCCGUUCAGCGGAAAAAAAAAAAAAAAAAGGGGGGGGGGGUUAAAUUAAGUUAAAGGGUUAAGAGAGAGAUAGAACAAACUAGUGUGAGAUUAUAAGUCGCCUUGCCAAACAAAGUUAAAGUUGCGAAAAUACAUUGUGCUGAACCAACAGAGAACGUGACUGUGUCUUUUGUGAAGCCGACCCGUUGAGCUAGUCCCCGUCAAUUGGGUUUCGGUCUUUUCACAAAAUAAAACUCAUUUUCACAAGAAAGGUUUUGCACUUAGCCUCAUUUUGAAAGUGAGAGUUUUACGAACUUAGAAAUGGUCUAUACCAUUUCUAUUAAUGAAUGCUUUUGUAUAAAAGGUUAUUUUAAAAUUUAUCAAAAAUUGGCGAGUAGUCUGAAAACAGUUUAAAUUUAGUAAUUAAUAUUGUUGGUUCACUUGUAUUAUCCGCGACGGGUAAUAUUGUUUAAACGGCAAGAAUAAGUGAAUCAAAACGACCUGAAAAAUAUAAAGAUGUAUACAUUAAAUCAUAUUAAUUAAAUUCAGUGUAAUAAAUCAUUUAGCCCCAAAUUGUCUUUUUAAGGGUAUGACAAUGAGGCAGCUCUUUCGUUUAUCAGUUCUUUUUGUGUUGGGUCAGCUACUCUACAAAACAGUAACUCAGCGAUGUGGAUCCGAGAUAUCCAUCUUCGGCUGGAUGUUACGGGGACAUAUCUACAACAGGAUGUUGGCAGAACUCCCACACACAUGCGUGCAAGUUUGUCGCGAAGACAAUCGAUGCCAAAGCUUUAACUGGGUGAUCUCUCUCCUCAAGUGCGAGUUUAGUAACAGAACUAAGGAGGCCAGACCUGAGGAUUUCAUUUCAGAUCCAGACAGAUUUUACUACAAACGUGAUAAGAACAGAGGUAAAAAAACAGUUUACCAUUCAUUUUAAAUAAUUGCGAUGACUGACGCUAAUCAGUUGUCAGUCAAAUUUGGACAACCACAUCUCGGGAGUUAAUGAUAAAAAGUAAGCCGUUCAAAUGCAACUGUCCCGAUAAAAGAAUACCAAAUGGUGAGUACUUUCCAAUUACUUGGGCGCCGAUGUCAGGGCAACAGAUAACCAAUCAGUUAAAGGAUUAUAUUAAAGCUGUGAUGAAGCUGCUUUCUCUAAAGCAUGAUUUAGCUAACUAACUGUCUAUCAAAUAAUAAGCGAAAUUAUAUGUCUUCUUUUAGUACCUCUAGGUUCUAUUCCUGAACUACCGGCUGAAACCUGUUUAGAAAUAAAGAUGAGUGAAGGUCAUGCAAUCAGUCGAAAGUAUUGGUUUUCUUCCCUUAAAACUGGCACGUCCGUUCUUGCAUACUGUGAUAUUAAAACUGAAGGUGAGUUUUAGUUUUAAAAGGUAAGCUACAGAUGAGCUAUGGGGAAAGAAAGUCGAAAAAGGGAAAACUGAGAAUGUUUUUGAGAUGAAGAGAAUAAUUUAGUCUAUAAAAUAAUCUUCAACAAGAAUAAUGCUCUUCUAUCAACGUAUUUUCGAUUUUGCCAUUAAAUUUCCUUUGAGGUGAACGGUUAAAUUGUGAACAGAUUUUAGAGUUAUAUUCAUCUGUUGAUGUUAAUGGCGUAGGGAGUAAAUGAGAAUUCGGUGGAAAUAAAAUAUUUCUACAGCAAAGAAGUAGUGGCGACUGGGGCUGAAUAAGUUGAAGUGCAAGUCUAAACCGUCGUUCAGUCCUGCAUGCUUUAUGCUAUAUGCCAAAUGCGUGGACGUAUUUUAAUGUUGCAGGUUAACGUUUUGGUAUUAUUUUCGGUGCUCUCCGCCAAAACUACCAAAAUAGUACUAAUUGUUUCUAUUUCUGUUGUACUGGGGGUGGAGAUGGAAUUCUUUGAUCAGUCGCAGAUGCAAGAUCUACCUUUCAUGAAUACAAUAGAGCACAAUCUAUGCUCAUCCUAUCAAAAGCGUGAUCGUGAGAAAAAGGCCUUCAUGAGCCCGGGCAAGGUCUUUGUGUUGAAUCAAUCGUUAAUUCUGGGUGGAGAUUGUUAGAAGUUGUACUGACAUGGGUAUACUUCCGUUAACAAUGUGAACGUUCCUUUGCAAACCUGAGUCCAAUCUAUAGUUGUUUGUUAACAUAAUUAAUAGGUAUUUUUAUUUCUUUUGUCAUUUAUCGGGAAAUGCAUAAAAGCAAUUGACGUAACGAUAAAUGGUAUAAAUCCAGCCUCGUUCCCAGCCAUCUCCUGCGAUUUCGGAUGUGACGUCACCUGUCAAGCUUGUCGGGAAAAUUCACCGAGGAAGUCCUCGCGCUAUCGUGCUCGGUUCUAAACCUCCUCUGGUUACUCGGAUAGCGCGAACUGGCCUGGGUACGAGGCUGGUACAACUCAAGUUUUCUCGCAUACAUCAAGACUAGAAUCCGAGCUUAAUAGUUUGCCAUCUUGUCCAGUUAACAUGCUAACACAUAACUUUAGCCUGCCAGCAAUGGGAGAGCUUGCUCGCAGGGUACUCGACAUCCAACCCUUGAUUUUAUUAUUCAGAUAUCGACGAAUGUACUUCUUCUGUACCUCUCUGUGACGUCAAUGCAACUUGCACCAACAAUGAUGGAUCUUACAUCUGUAUUUGCAAGAAUGGAUUUUCUGGUGACGGGAAAACUUGCAAAGGUAGGAAAAGUUGUUUCCCAGAUCAAUUUUUGAUGCAAAUUUUACCAGGAUUUAGAUUCUUUUGCGACACCAAAAGAACAUUCUUCAUCGCCCCAUGUAGGGGAAUCCCGAUUCCGGAACCCGUGAAAUUUUGAUUGUGGAAUCCAGAAUACAGGUCAAGGAAUCCGGAAUCCCACUAAGGAUUGGAAUUCAGGAUCCAGAUUCCAUUGACAAAGACUGGAAUCAAGUACCUGGAAUCAGGAAUCCACAGCCUGGAAUCCAGAAUCCAAUACUGUCUUGGAUUCCCUUACAUGGGGCAAAUUCUUCAAGUUAAAUCCUUAAUUUCAAUGACAUAAUUUACAUUUGUACGCCUUGAAUUACCUUAAGUAUGAAGAGGUUGUAAAUAAUUCUUCUAGCUUGCAUUCGUCUCCAACAUUUAAAAGUAGUCACCGAACGCCUAGCUUAAGGUCAUUAUUUUUAAGAAGGCCAAGGAACAAGAGGUUGUGGAACGAAUAACAAUAUACUGUUCAAGAUCGGUGUCCACAAUAAUGACCUGCUGAUUCUAAGAGAUCUAGAAAUGGAAAGGUAAUUUUUAGACGGCCGAAGAGCGAAGGCAUUAUCCUACGUAUAUAAUACAGGAUUACUAAACGUUAACUGAAAUACACAACAAUUCAAAUAUAAGAAGAAAAGGAAAAAGUUACUAUGGUUAACAGAUUCACAAAUAGCUCACUUCGGAAAAGAGUGAUAGCCUGGGACCCAAACUAAGCGCGCGCGCAUUUAUGGGAUUGUUUGGGGGGACCAAGUCGAGCAGCAAUCUUGAAUUAUGACGAGACAUGCAAGUUGUUGUUUGUUUUUACAAAUAACUUCAGGAACUCCUAGAUGGCAUUUUGUAGAAUACCAAAGGCAAGACGUUUCCAGCGAGAAUAUCAGCAGAAUAUGUACGUUUUCUUCGGAACGCUAAUUUGAAGCUGUUUCACUUUGCGUUCUUCUGGUUUUUCUCGAGGUAAAAUCACCCCAGGAACAUCUUCCUCCAGCUUUAGCUAUUUUUACCUCGCUGAAAAUUCCACUUCGCUUACCGCCAUGUUUGUUUACAUUCGCGUCUCACCAAAUAAUCCCAUAAAUGCGCGCGUAUCUAGUUUGGGUCCCAGGCUAUCACUUUUUUCGGAAGUGAGCUAUGUUAACAUAUUUAAAAACCUUAGUGAAGGAUAUCCAUUUUCAACAAAAUUGCUACCGCGCGAUCACCAUGUGGUGGUUUUAAGACAGGCUGCAUUUCAAGAUUAAAAGCACACCGUUAAAAGACAAAAAAUGGAAAGAGAAAGUGCUCAAUUUUCUUUUUGUGGAGCCAGUAACGAGAGCCUCGACUCUUGUGCCGCAUCAACACUACUUUUCGGUUAGUAAAACAGCAGAUUUUUUAAACUAUCCUCAAACAAAAGGCUGCACAAAAAAGGAAAAAUGCAUACCUUCCGGUCCUUCAAUCAUCAGAGGAUCCGAGAUCCGCCCCUUCUAAUUGGCUGUGAAGCAGCCAAAUGGAAAGAAAAGGGGGAAAAACACAUGUGCUUAAUUGGCACUAGGAGUCCUCCAAAAUAGACUUGCCCGUUAAGGACAAAAUGAAAGAGUAAGCGUCGUAGCAAGGGAAAAAAAGGCCUUGUAGGCAAUUAAUAAAUUCCCUUUUUUAUACCUUUACAAGAAGGUUAAAAUAUAUUUUGUGGAAAGCGUGAGCGGGCUUGUCAACUCUUUCACAGUAUUUUCAAUUUUACUACACAUUCAGCGAAUAAGAAUAAAAAUAGUAUUAAUUCCCUUUGUUUUAAAUAGUUGAUCAACAAAAAGGUGGACCUCUCGGGCCUGUGAGGGAAGUGAGCGCACCCGUCGCACCCCCCUCCCUACGGGCCUGUAUUCAGUAAUAUCCAAUAAUCCAAUAAUAUAGUCAGCAUCUCCAACUUCUGGGCAUGACCUGAUUGACACAGUGACGUAGUCUGAUGGCAGAAUUAUUGGCGGAAUACAAAUUUCCUUUAGCAGUAUAAGAAGCAAUUACGCCACGCAAAAACUCACAAAAUCUGAUGACACUAUUGUGUUUUCAUUAAAAAAUACAUCAAACUAAAAACUAAUCUACACCAGAUGAAUUUCUAAAAUAUAUAUAUUCGAUAAAGUUGUAAAUAUAGUUUCUUUUAUGUGCAGACAUAAGUUUUUUUUCUUGUAACGUAUUUAAUCAUGUAUUGGUUUCUCGAAUAUAUUACAUUACAAGCUACUCCAAAAUUCGGGUGUAAGUAUAAUAAAGAUUAUGUGUGUAUGUAUGCAAACUACUUGCUUUUAAAUUCUUAUAAUUGUAACAACAUGUUUGUAUGUAGAUAUCGACGAAUCCUCUACCAGCUCUUACAGCUCUGACGUUAAUGCGGUGUGUAGUAAUAGUGUGGGAUGUUACGCAUGUUAAAGCAGGAUUCACAGGCGAUGAAAACACCUGCACUGCUGAGCCGUUUAAUUGAUAUGUUUGUUUUUGGAGUAAACCGGCAACAACACAGCAAUACAACAUUCUUUAUUUGUACUCUUCUUGCCCUUCCAAUAAUGUUUAGGCUAGAUGGGGAAAAAAAUUACAGUAGAAAUGACCGCUUGGAGUAAGUGAACAGACAAGCGAUGUCAAGCAGUCAGAUUAUGAAAGCAAUAAAGUACAGGCGCCGGUUGUAUAAGUGCAACAUUAUGGAUUGUUCAAACUUGCGAUCAUUUUUUCCUUUUCUCAAGUUUAAAAUAAUUAAUUCCGUGUAACUUGUUUCGCCUUUGCAAAGAA